CACACUGUUGCAGACUUCCUGGACUUUUGUCUGUCAAUUCCAGGCUCACUGAUUGACCCCUGACCUCAGCAAUGGCACUGCGAAAAGGUAAAAUAUGCUAAUACACACCCCACUGGCUGGAAAAUCAACACAUGUCGUCAUGUCUUUAGUCGGAUGUUUAGAAAUGCAUGUAUAGGGAAAAUACCGGCGAUCCUUUAAUCCAGUGCAUUUUAUCUGUAAAUUCCUGGCCAAUAAUUAAUGCAGUCCUAUAGCAUGGGUUUUGUGUUUAAAUGUGAAUAGGACAAAAUAGCAAUGGCUGAAAAGGAAGUGAUAUUUUGUUAAAAUGGUCCAUUCCCCGUGAUGUAAAACCCAAACAGUGGUGAGAGGUGGAGAUAAACAAAGGGGAUCAUUGUUACAGAGUGCUGUGCUAGUCUUAUGAGUUAUAAUUUGCCACAGUGACUGGUAACCCCCCUCAGCCCCCAUCUAGACAGAUUAAUUAAAGGUGCCCCCACCCUCAGGGACCCCCUCCCGUCGGGCUCUGGGGAGAGGAAGGGGUUAAAAUCUUACCUUUCUCCAGCGCCGGGCGGGGAGCUUUCCUCCUCCUCUCCUUCCUAGCGACGUCACGGGCUGAAUGCGCAUGCGCGACAGGAGCCGCGCGCACAUUCAGCCAGUCUCAUAGGAAAGCAUUUACAAUGCUUUCCUAUGGACGCUAGCGUCUUCUCACUGUGAUUUUCACAGUGAGAAGCACGCAAGUGCCUCUAGCGGCUGUCAAUGAGAAAGCCACUAGAGGCUGGAUUAGCCCUCAGUGUAAACAUAGCAGUUUCUCUGAAACUGCUAUGUUUAUAAAAAAAAAAGGGUUAAUCCUAGCUGGACCAGGCACCCAGACCUCUUCAUUAAGCUGAAGUGGUCUGGGUGCCUAUAGUGGUCCUUUAACUAGCAUUUUACUCCUUCUGUGUCAGAGACAUACAGCUAACUGACAUGUAAUCAUAGAAACAUAGAAUGUGAUGGCAGAUAAGAACCAUUUGGCCCAUCUAGUCUGCCCAAUUUUCUAAAUACUUUUAAUUAUUCCCUGGUCUUAUCUUAAAGGACCACUAUAUGGUCAAUAAAGUGGUCUGGGUGCCAGGACCCUAGGGUUAACCUUGCAGCUGCAAACAUGGCAGUUACAGAAACUGCUAUGUUUUACUGAGGGUUAUUCCAGCCUCUAGUGGCUGUUUCACUGACAGUCACAGUGAGAAGACACUGGACGUCCAUAGGAAAGCAUUGAGUAAUGCUUUACUAUGGGCGGUUUGAAUGCGCAUUCGGAUUUGAUGUCGGCAGAGGGUGGAGAGUUCCCCAGCACAGUGGGAGCCCGGCGCUGGAGAAAGGUAAGUGGCUGAAGGGGUCAGGGCAGUCUAUAAUAUGAAUAGGACCCUGGGCAAAGCCUUUUCUUGGGCCCCCUGGGCCCUGUCACUGCACCCUCCCUCCCCAUUACGCCCAACCCGCAAUCACACUGACAGACAUACUGACACACACACAGACAGACACAUUAAAACAUUCGCAGAUACAUACUGACACACACAUACACUGACACAAAAAUAUAUACUGGCAAACAUUGACACACAUUCAGACAUACUGAUACACACACAGACACAUACAUACUCACAGACACAUACACUGACAGAUAUAUUGACACAGACACACACAGACACAUACACUGACAGACGUAUUUACAUACACAGACAUACUGACAUACAUACACACACUGGAACACAGUGAGACAUACACACACAGACAUACUGACAUACAAACACACAGACAUACACACAGUACGUCUGUGUGUGUUAGUAUGUCUGUGUGGUGUGUUAGUAUGUCUGUGUGUAUGUCAGUAUGUCUGUGUGUGUCAGUAUGUCUGUGGUGUGUUAGUAUGUCUGUGUGUGUAUGUCAGUAUGUCUGUGUGUGUUAGUAUGUCUGUGUGUGUAUGUCAGUAUGUGUGUGUAUGUCUGUGUGUGUGUAUGUCAGUAUGUCUGUCAUAGACACACACAGACAUACUGACAUACAUACACAAACAGACAUACUGACACAGACAUACUAACACACACACAUACUAACACACAAACACAUACUAACACACUAACAGACAUACUAACACACACAUACUAAAACACACACACAGACAUACUAACACACACACACACACACACAUACUAACACACACACACACAGGCAUACUAACACACACAGACAUACUAACAAACACACACACACAGACAUACUAACACACAAACACAGACAUACUAACACACAUACAGACAUACAUUUAGCCACCCUCCAGGUUCUUACCUUUUUAUGGAGGGUGGUUUCCCUGGGGUCCAAUGGCAGGCUGAGGCAGAUGGGAGUUCUUCUCUGGAACUCCCCUCCUCCCUGCCUUCCUCCUCCCGCGCGGCUAUCUCCGGUGGGAGGAAGUGACACGCGGUACUCACUUCCUCCCAGCCUGCUCUGGCCCCCCCCAGGAGCAACUGGGCCCGGGGCAGCUGCCCCGUUUGCCCCGCGCUAAAGACGGCCCUGGAAGGGGUUUUAAACCUUUGCCCCUCUAAUUUAAGACGAUGUCCUCUUGUUGUGGUAGUUUCUUCUUUCAAAUAUGGUCUCCUCCUUUACUGUGUUGAUUCCCUUUAUGUAUUUAAAUGUUUCUCUUAUAUCCCCCCUGUCUCGUCUUUCCUCCAAGCUAUACAUGUUAAGAUCCUUUAACUUUUCCUGGUAAGUUUUAUCCUGCAAUCCAUGAACCAGUUUAGUAGCCCUUCUCUGAACUCUUUCUAAAGUAUCAAUAUCCUUCUGGAGAUACAGUCUCCAGUACUGCGUACAAUGCUCCAAGUGAGGUCUCACCAGUGUUCUGUACAAUGGCAUGAGCACUUCCCACUUUCUAUUGCUAAUACCUCUCCCUAUACAACCAAGCAUUCUGCUAGCAUUUCCUUCUGCUUUAUUACAUUGACUGCCUACCUUUAAAGGACCACUAUAGUGCCAGGAAAACACUCGUUUUCCUGGCACUAUAGUGCCCUGAGGGUGCCCCCACCCUCAGGGUCCCCCUCCCGCCCGGCUCUGGAAAGGGGAAAGGGGUUAAAACUUACCUUUUUCCAUCGCUGGGCGGAGAGCUCUCAUCCUCCUCUUCUCCUCCCCGUCGGCUGAAUGCGCACGUGCGGCAAGAGCUGCGCGCGCAUUCAGCCGGUCACAUAGGAAAACAUUCAUAAUGCUUUCCUAUGGACGCUGGCGUGCUCUCACUGUGAAAAUCACAGUGAGAAGCACGCAAGCGCCUCUAGCGGCUGUCAAUGAGACAGCUGCUAGAGGAAAUAGGGGAAGGCUUAACCCAUUCAUAAACAUAGCAGUUUCUCUGAAACUGCUAUGUUUAUGAAGAAAUGGGUUAACCCUAGCUGGACCUGGCACCCAGACCACUUCAUUAAGCUGAAGUGGUCUGGGUGCCUAGAGUGGUCCUUUAAGUAAUCUGUUGAGGUUAGGACUCUAUCAAAUAUUCUGUACUAUACCCUUGGGUUUUUACAUCCAAGAUGCAUUAUCUUGUACUUAUCCAAAUUAAAUGUCAGUUGCCACAACUCUGACCAUUUUUCUAGUUUAUCUAAAUCAUUUGCAAUUUGCCUUAUCCCUCUUGGAACAUCAACCCUGUUGCAAAUUACCAUGUCCUAUCUGAGAUGCUGAGCCCCUGAAACAUGCAAUCCCUUCACCUUCACAGUUCUGCUGAAUUUGUAAGCCCAUGACCAUCAUUGGCCCACCUACUAAAAACGGUGACUCCUUCUGAGACCAUGUGCUCAUCUAAUGAAUAAAAACAGACAAAACUAAAAAGAACCAGCUUACUUUAAAGGGACAGUUUAGGCACCAUACCAACUUCAUCUAAAUAAAAUUGUAUGGUGCCAGAAGACGCCCGGACGCACUGUUACCUCAAGGGUUUAAACCACUCUCGAAAGGUUUAACCCCUAAGUGAGAAUACAGCUUUGAUCUCAACUUCCCCCAGGUGGCUGCAUUUCAGGAAUCACGCUGAUUAGCUGAGAGCAGACAGAUGUCACUUUCAGCCAGUCAGUGACUUGCCAUUCAUAAAACUGGAUUGAAAAAGGACCCUGGUGGCCCAGCGGCAUACUGCGCUUCAUGAAACUAAGAAUUCAGAAGCAGUAUGCUGUCUGGCGGGAGUUGAGAUCAACGUGGGAAGUUCACUUUGGGGUUAAACCGUUUAAGAAUGCUUUAACCCUUAUAGGUAUGUAUGUUCCCGAAGGCCUCUUGGUACCAUAACAACUUCAUUUAGAGGAAGUUUUUCUGGUUACAGAGUGUUCCCUUAAGGGGCUAAACAUUGUUUGUAUAUUUUAACCUAAAAGUUGUGAAGGCCAGCCUAUUACUAGCUCCCCUUUCAGAAAACUGUGUGAGAAAGGUACGCUUGGGGUGGGCAGCAGAAUUGUAAUAUGCAGGGGAGGCCUUGCAGAUUUUGGCCUGGGGGGCAAGGACAAAUGAGCAGUUGUCUUUUUUUAACACAAAAUGGCCUACACAGCACGACACAUUAUUUAAGAGAGAUCUGUGCAUAUCUGCAACUCCAUUGACACCAAUGACAAUUGCAUUGUGCUAUGAAUGUCAUGAGCAUUAUCACUUCUCACCCUGCAGCCACUGGUAAACACCUCUUGGGACAUGAGUCAUACUAAACAUAGUUUGGCUGCUUGUUUAACCCUAAAUACAGCAGUCCACCAGGAAAUAUCCUAGUGGGUCAAUUUAGACCUGGAGAACACUCAGAUUAGGAGACACCAGCCCAUGCACACACCCAUACUGUGCUGAGAAAACAAAGGCCCUACAUAAUACUAGCCUGCGGCUAAAGGCCUGUGUCAUUGUGCCAAAACACAAUUCAAUGCACCUCUUGCUCUAGUCCACAAACCCUGUAUGUUAGUGACUCAGGGGCAAUUUCCUGUCUUCCUUGAAGGCUCAUCCGCUUGUAAAAUGGUUGUGUAAUAGAAAAGCAUGUAAAACACACACACCCUUUGCUUAAACUCCCACUACUCAAGGCCAGCAGCCAUGGCUAAAGUAUUGCUUAACCGGCCAAUUUGCCAAAACUAGUCACAUGCUAGGAAGACAGUAACUCACAGAUAAUAGGCCAGGCUGCUAGUGUAGGGACUGUGGAUGCAUUGUAUUCCUAAUUUUCACCACAAAAGAAGUAACAUUUCAGUCAUAAACAGAAAUUACUCAUUUUUUGUGUUGUUUGUUUUCUGGGUACAGUCUGAUUGUGAAUAAACUGUCUGAAAAAUUGAGCAACAAGAUUUAUUCAACAGCAUCAAUCUGAAUUUUAUUAUUGACAUUAAUUAGAUUUUUUUCAGUGCUUUAAAUGAAGUGUUUUGCUGACAGGUAAGGAUUAAAAACAGGCACAAAUAUACAUAGCAAUUAUAUAUGUAGACAUAGCAAUUCAAAAGAAAAUGAGAACUGCUUGUGAGCCUAGAAUAUAAAACGUGGAUCUCUUUCAAAGUCAAGAGAUGGCUCGUUGAGUUUCUAAUCUACAAGAGGUUAUGUGUAUCAGGACAAAAGAUAGUUUUUUGGUCUUCAUUGCAUCCACUUAUUGACAAAUCCCUUAUUACACCUUAUUACACCAGAAUAAAUUCCUGACUUAUCACCGAGGCUGCCACUUUACUCAUUACUUAUUGUGAUUGGUAUGCACCAGGCUUGUGUUAGAAGCCUCACAAGCAGGGCCGGAGUGUUAAAAAUAUUCGGCCCGGACAUUUUUUAAUCACAGCAGCCCCUGAGAAGGGAGUGGGGUCAGAGAGGGUGUGUUUUGUCAUCACUAAUGACAAGCACGUCCCCUCUCAAAGUGAGCAUGUUGGUUCAAUGCGCAGAGCCCUGCUGAAGAGCUCUAGCAUGAGAAAAAAGCCCUGUAUUUGUUAAGUGCAGCGCAAGCAAAUUUAAUAACAUGCUUGCGCUGUGUUUAACUUGUCUCUGGUGUCUCCAUAAGUGGGAUACCAGAGGACAAAAGGGCCAGGAAAGCAUAUCGUGCAUGUGUUUGGAGCCUGCUUGUUGGAUUGCGUGUGUUUUAAGUGAGCUGAUUGUGGUUUGGUAUUGUGUAAAUAGGUCAAUUUCAUUCGUGUUUGUGGUGUAAUGUGUGACUAGGGGCUGUAGAGAGUGUGUGUAUGGGGGAAGAGUGUGUAUAGGGGAUGUAGCGAGUGAGUGCAUACGGGCUGUAGUGUGUGUAAGACGGGUGCAGUGUGUGUCUGAGGGUGCUGCGUGUGUGAGGGGGCAUUGUGUGUGUCUGAGGGUGCAGUGUGGCUGAGGCUGCACAUAAAGGGUUAAAAACACUUUUUUUUAAAUUUACCUGAUUCCAGCACUGAUGUCUUUUGGAAUUGGGUAAAGGUCCUCCUCUGGUGACAACAUGGCGAUUCGGGAACUAAGUGCACAUGCAUCCCCAUGGGGUUUUUGAAGACGCUGGACGUCCUUAUACAAAGCAUGAGGACGUCCAGCGUCAUUUUACAUAGUUCAACUAUGUGAAACAGCAGGAAGCGCCUCUGGUGCCUAUCUGGUAGACAGCUAGCAAAGGCAGUCUUAACCCGGCAAUGUAUAUAUUGCAGUUUCUCUAAAAAUUUGCAGCUGCAGGGUUAAGGGGACAUGGAGAGUGCCCCCAGACCAUUUCAAUGGGAUCAAGUAUCCCUUUAAAAACCUACAAAAAAAAUGCAUAAUAAAAGUACCAAAAUGUCUCAGUUGUUAAUGUAUGGAAACUGGGAAACAAAACUCAGUUAUUAAAGGACCACUCUAGGCACCCAGACCACUUCAGCUUAAUGAAGUGGUCUGGGUGCCAGGUCCUUCUAGGGUUAACCCAUUUUUUUAUAAACAUAGCAGUUUCAGAGAGUGCCCCCAGACCAUUUCAAUGGGAUCAAGUAUCCCUUUAAAAACCUACAAAAAAAAAAUGCACCCAGACCACUUCAUUAAGCUGAAGUGGUCUGGGUGCCUAGAGUGGUCCUUUAAUAACUGAGUUUUGUUUCCCAGUUUCCAUACAUUAACAACUGAGACAUUUUGGUACUUUUAUUAUGCAUUUUUUUUGUGUGCAUUUUUCAGAGAAACUGCUAUGUUUAUGAAUGGGUUAAGCCUUCCCCCUAAUCCUCUAGUGGCUGUCUCAUUGACAGCCACUAGAGGCGCUUGCGUGCUUCUCACUGUGAUUUUCACAGUGAGAGCACGCAAGCGUCCAUAGGAAAGCAUUGUAAAUGCUUUCCUAUGCGACGGGCUGAAUGCGCACGCAGCUCUUGCCGCACGUGCGCAUUCAGCCCAGGAGGAGGAACGGAGGAGGAGAGGAGGUAGAGAGCUCCCCGCCCAGCGCUGGAAAAAGGUAAGUUUUAACCCUUUUCCCCUUUCCAGAGCCGGGCGGGAGGGGGACCCUGAGGGUGGGGGCACCCUCAGGGCACUAUAGUGCCAGGAAAACGAGUAUGUUUUCCUGGCACUAUAGUGGUCCUUUAAGGAGUUAAACAUGCAAUACAUUGCAAUUCUUUGCAUUCAAAGUAUUUAUGUGGCCAGUCAUACAGCACACGAGAUACAAAGAGUCCAUCCGGUUAUAGGGUAAAAAUGUGGCCAUGUAAUACGUAUGCAAUAAAACAGUUCAAAGUAUACAUAGGCAUGUUCCUUAAACUGGAAUAAUAAUAACAGUAUAGUAGGGUUUUAUUUUCUACACAGUGAAUUGUGGUAAAUUAAAAACAAAAUUGCAGAUUUCAGACUAGAUAGCCAAGCUGUGACUAUGGCUGGGUUAGAAUGUAGGAAUUGGAAAUUUACGCCUAGAUUUUGAAAAUCGGUUCUCAGUUUUCUAGAAUUCAGUAUUUAAUAUUAAAACCACUCUGUUUUGGGGAGUUCUAGUAACUGAUUAGCAAAUUCAUUUAAUUUAUUAAUUAAUGUAACAUUAUGGCUAAAUCAGGAACAUGACUAAAUGAGUUGGGAGAUUUAUUGUUUACGUUUUGUAUGGCAUCAAAUUAAAAUUUUAGUCAGUUGGACAGUUACCACAAUUAAUUAUAUGGAAAAUAAUUAAGUUUCAUCUUUCACAAAGGAAGAAGGUAUGUUUAGAGUUUUAAAAAUUUACCUGAAGCCAAAGUGAUCAUCUGCAUAACUUACCGUAAAAAAGGCUGUACCAUGGAGGGGGGAUACACUUAAUGAUUUAUUUUUAAUCAGUUACACCUUUGAGCGUGUAAUUUUUCGCUUAAGGUAGUGAUCAAAGUCAGGUAAUCAAGGUGUGCUAUCUUUUCAAUAAUUACAGUUGCUAAAUGGGCAAUAAAAUUCAUGCUGGUUAAAUUAACAUUACAAACAUUUAAUAUAAUUUGAUGUCAAACAACUGUGUUGUCAUGUUUACAUAGUAACAUUGGUGUUCUCUGAACUUCGUGACAGGAAGCACACCCAGAGGUAGCUGCACAUGUGCUGCAGGAAAUUGAUGUUGGCUAAUUGAUUUGUAAAUUUACUCCCUUCACUCAUCUAACUGAAACAAGGAAAAUAGUCUGAGUGCUUUGCUAAGUACCAUAUCAACUAAAGCUCAUUGUAGGGGUUAUUGCAAAGAGUGGGUUCCAUCCCUCUGGUUAUUAAUCUUGUGCAUUCGUUUUUCCAACUUGGCAUGUCAAUAGUAGGCCAAGAGCCCGGCCAACCAUCUCAGUCUGUCGUUGCGGCCCAAUUUUCGUUAACAGCAGCAGAGCAUCGUAUGCACCAGGAGAGUGUAAUUUUUUUCAAUCUAUUCAAAUUAUCUAGAAAGAGCUCUAAUCGUUACGGGUUUUAGAUUGCCCCUUUCAUUCUGAAGAGGCCUACGACAUGGAGAUCCUGCUGAAUCCGUAGUAGCAAACUUUAAAAAAAUCAGAGCUGCAGUUAGAGCCUACAAAAUGCAUCUACUUUGCUCCUAGUUCAUACUGAAUAUCGGUUUCUAGGAAUAGCACUGGGAAGACAUUAAAUAUUGUUGAUAUUUGAAACUGCAUAACAGAACCAUGGGGACCAUUAUUCUUCCCAUUCCCUCUAACCAUGCUGGUUUAUAACCCAGCCUUUCCAGCAGGCUUGUAACUUACAGCCCUGACUACCUUGAUCUCUCAGUUAGUGCCUCAGGUUAGACCAGGGCCGGCACGUCCAUAAGGCGGGACAAGCGUCUGCCUUAGGACGCACUGGCCCGGGGGAGCUAGAUUGGAGUGACCGUCAGGAUGUGGGCGCACAGCGCUCUCUUCUGCCAGGUACCCAACUGGACUGAAAGGAAGUGCUCACUGAGAGAGCACUUCCUGUCAGUCCGGCCAGGUGGAAAGAACAUUAUGGGACGGGGAGGGGGAAAAGAACACUAUGGGACAGGGUAGAGGGGGAAAGAACACUAUGGGAUGGGGCAAAGAACACUAUGGGGGAAAGAAUACUAAAAAAGAGGGGAGAGGAACAUUAAAGGGGGGCACUAAGGUACAGGGGAGGGAAAGGAAAAGGAACACAGGUGGGGGGGGUACAUUAAAGGACCACUCUAGGCACCCAGACCACUUCAGCUUAAUGAACUAGUCUAGGUGCCAGGUCCCUCUAGGAUUAACCCUUUUUUUUUUAGCAGUUUCAGAGAAACUGCUAUGUUUAUAAUUAAUCCAGCCUCCAAAUCCUCUAGUGGCUGUCUCAUUGACAGUCGCUAGAGGUGCUCACUGUGAAAAUCACAGUGAGAAGAGCAUAACUUCAUAGAAAAGCAUUGAAACACCUGAAAUCUUGUAGCAACUCUUGCAGCGUGCGUCAGCGAAGGAAGGAGAGAGAGCUCCCGCCCGGCGCUGGAAAAAAGGUAAGUUUUAACCCUUUUCUCUCCCCGGGCGGGAGGGGGACCCUGAGGGUGGGGGCACCCUCAGGGCACUAUAGUGCCAGGAAAACAAGUAUGUUUUCCUGGCACUAUAGUGGUCCUUUAAGGGGAAUGGGGGGGCCCUAAGAGACAGGUAUGGGAAGGGGGAGGAACACUAUUGGACAUGGAGGGUGGAGAGAGAAACACAGGGGAGGGCUUGAGUGGGGAGAAAUACACAGAGAGGGACAUGAGGCGGGAGAAAGAAGCACAGAUGGGCCUGGGGGUGAGAAAGUUCACAGAGGAGCUGGGGAUGAAAACGCCACACAGAAUGGCCUGGGUGUAGAAAUUCAAAGGGGCUGGGAGUGAAAGAAACACAGAGGGGCAGGAGAAGAGGAAAAAGAUACACAGAGGGGUUGGUGGUGAAAGAGAAAAAUACAAAAGAGCUGGUAUAAGUAAAAGACACAAAGGGGCUGGGAGAGAAGGAGACACGCAAAGGGGGGUUGUAAGAGAUACACAAGGGAGGUGUAAAACACACAAAGGGGAAAAAUAGGGGAUAAGAUGCACUAAAGGGGGUAAGACAUUUUAAAAAGGGGAUCAGAAACAAAAUGUGGGUUAAGAGGCACACAGGUGAAGAUGCUUUUGGGUAGGUGGGGUGGGGGGCCGCCAAUAUCAUCUUUACCUGUGUACCCAAAAAUCCUUGAUAAAUAUGUUCUACAGUGAAAUUACUUUACCACCUGUCUGCAUGGUUAAGGGGAUUGGUAGUUUAUUGCAUACCUCCAAACAUUGGCGGUUUCAAAAUCAGGCCACAAGUGGGAGAGGGUAAAUAGGGCAGGACAGUGAUGCAAUGGCACAAGCUCUGACGAAAAGGAGGCUGACCUGCAUGGAAUUGAGCCAGACCUGCCAGGGAAGGAAGCGUGUCCACCCACAUUACUGGCCGGUCAGUCUGGUGUAAAUACACACCAGGCUGCCUGCCAAUCAAUCUAGCCAGCCCACUGAGGGCAGGCCCUUAUUGCUCCCUGCAGUGUCAUAAUGCCCUGAACAUAUGUGAGCGCGUCGUAUGAUGUUCUUGUGCUAUGAUUGUUGGGGACAAUUCCCUUGUGUUCUCAAGUCUAGAGGGCAGAACAAGACCUGAAAAUCGAGACUGUCCUGCAGAAAUUGGGACAAUUGGGAGACAUGCACUGACUGUAGAUGGGAAGUCCUGCAUGGAAUUAGAGCAGAGACAUUUUAUUGAGGGAAUAUGAGGCAGUCGUGGUUAUCUCAGGGUUCACAGGGGAUAUAUUGGACCCCAAUACCUCACUGUGCAUAGGGUGAGUGGAUGGUGAAACAAGCAGGCCCCCCAGUGUAAAGGCAAUUCAAUUUUUUUUUAAUUAAUCUCACACCAGUGUCUAGGUAAGGGCAUAAAUGCUCUAUAAUACUGGGUCAUUCGAGUCUAUUAAAGGAUCUGGAUGUUUUGUUUCAUUCAUGUACUUAUAUGAUCUUAUUUUUGUAAAUGUUAUUUGUUUUGUUCAAUUUAUUUAUUUGUUUGUUUGUUUAUAUAUUUAUUUUUGUUUUGUUCCUGGCCUGCUUAUAUUUAUUUAUUUAGUGAAUAGAAUAGGAAUUAGUUGAGAAUGCAUUCCUGUGCAAUUCCUGAGCUAUUCAUGUGCAGUGUUUUGUGCCAUUCAGACCAAUUCAAAAAAGCUUCAGUGUGCAGCUCUGUCAGAUCAGUUAAGCAAUGGGUUUGCAAUUUUGGAAUAUAAUGAAUUUAGUUAAAUAUGCCAAAAAUGUUGUCACUGAAUUGCCGUGAUUAUGGCACACAUGACAUAAAUCAUCAUCACGUAACCUGAUGCUUGUGCUAAUGUUUAUGCGCUUAUAACACCUAUUAGCUGGUGGUUAGAGAAAUACAGGACAUCACCUUACUGAUGUCUUCCUCUGCCAGCCUUACUUAUUGCAAUUCCACAAUCUGCAUGAAGUAGAAGAAAACAUGUCACCACAGUCUGAGACGGACUCUAAGUACUGGCAAAUCCAGUGAGAUAAGUUUAUUAAGAUUUAGGAGGAUGCACUAGAGCAGCAUUUCCCAAUUAGUGUUCCAAACAAAAAUUGGGUUUGCGGCGAUUUGCCUGUUGGGUGGCCCAAGCACUUAGGGCCACCCGAUGGGUAUCGCUAAACAGGAGUCUAAGACCGCAACCGGACCCCUGUUGUAUGGGAUGCUGGGAGGAAGUGACAGCACUUCCUCCCAGACAGAACCCGCCGGCUUGAGGGAGAGCGGGAGCGCAGCGGGAAGUGAUUAGCUGUCGACCUGGCACACCAUCUUCAGUCAGCAGCCUGCAGCACUAAAGGAAGAAAAAAGGUAAGUUAAACGUGUGUGUGUGUAUCUGCCAAUGUGUGUGAAUCUGUGUGUGUAUAUGCCAGUUUGUGUAUCUGUGUGUCAAGGUGUGUGAAUGUGUCACUGUGUGUGUAUAUGUGUGUGUGUAUAUCUGUGUGUCAGUGUGUAUCUGGAGAGUACACAGUGGAAUACAAACAUGUGCCCUGGAUCCUUUAUUGUAAUAUAUAAUAUUGUAGUGUACCAUAAGAUGUAGAUAUUGGUUCUGGAAAAUAGUUAGUUCGAUUACUUUUCUGCAGAUCUAGUACAUGAGUUGGAAACGUUCACCACCAUUGACCUAGACCUGCAGGACUCCAUAUAACUUUAUUUUUGCUUAAAGUUUCUGUUUAAUUUCCUUUGUAAGACACAUGGAUGAGGAUUAGAGAAAGUUAAGUGGCAUUGGUCAGAAUUUCCCUGUCUGCUGUCCAUUGAGAUUUAUUUUCUCAGUUAAAUAAAACUAUUACCUUACUACAUCUGCUGUAAAUUUCCAGCACUUGUUUCUCGAGAAUUGGGUGUAUUUUUGGACUGCAGUCAUCUUGCCAUGUUUCUAUAUUUCAAGUAUAUUUCAAGAAGUAUUCCAAACGCUUCUCUCACGCGUGCUAAAUCCUGGAACACUAAGCAGCGUGUGCAAUUUCUUGGGAAGGGAACUAAUGGAAAAUGCUAAUUAACACAGUAAUUAUCACACCUCAAUUGUGCGUUAAUCAGAUUUUGCACUUGUGCAACAGCUGGCCUUUAUUUUAACCCCUGGUAAGACCAUUCAGUUAAAUAUUUUAAUGAGAACAGUUAAGAGCUCAAUUAUAUCAGAAUUACUAAAUUCAGAGUAAACUGAUUUUAUUGCUUUGAGCUGUAUUCCCAGCAACGUUAUAAUGUACAAAGAUUGCCUCAGUUAGCUUUAUCAUUCAAAACCGCCUGAUGGCUGCUGUUAUUUUGGGCUGGCAAAAAUUAAGUAAAUGAAUGUGGGUUUUAAGGAGAACUACUUUUCCCCAACGAGAGGAACUAGUCCUACCCAACUCUCCACUCGAUAUGCCAUGUGCAGAGUUACAAGUAAUACAGAACAAGUUACACAAGUGAAUAUUGUGCAGAUAGUGGAUGCUGCACACUUAAAGGGACACUCCAGUCACCAUAACGUCAUCUAAAUUAUGUUGUUAUGGUGCCAGGAGGGUCCCGGGUGCACUCUUACCAUAAAGGGUUAAACCGUUCUCGAAUGGUUUAACCCUAAAGGUUGCCUCCAGCGCCAAUCUCCAGGUUCCCCCAGGCUGGGACGGUCAGCUGAUGCUCUAAGUCAAUCAUUGAUCUCAUUUAUCAAUGUGGUAUAUUAACAUUGACUGUGUUCCCUUUUUACCCUCUCUACAACUAAAUGGGUAGGAUAAAUAGAAACACUGUAGUGGUUAUGGUGCCAGGAGUACCCUGUCAAUCCCCAGUGUAAUGUCAAACCAUUUGCUUAUAGCAGCUGUGCGGGGCUUAGCUCAUUGGCGGAGAGCAAUCAGCUGACUCUCACAGGCAAUGAGUUUGCCCUACAUUGCAGGGUGUAGCUUCCAGCUCUCCAUAGCAGAAGAAGACCAUGUAAAAAGCCAGUAAGUUACACUGGGGGGGCACCAUAACCACUACAGUUUACUGCUUAUAUUGUGAUUUAUUCAUUUGUGUUUCUGACGAAUUAAUUAAUUAACCCAAAUUCUGAUGAAAUUGAAUUUGUCUGAAAACUAAUGUACAUGUUUGACGACCACUACAAUGAGAUGUGUCCCUGUAAUGUUAAGAAUAUUUAUUCCACUAGCAAACGUGGUAGACCUUGGUAUGGAAGGCCUCUAGCCCAGCGUUUCCCAAUUGGUGUUCGUUCCGCGGAACACCAAUUGGAGUUCCGCCAAAAGGUUUAAAAAAUAAAAUGGUGGGUGGUGAGGGAGCAGUGAGCAGUAAUCUCCCUGCUCAGUUCCCUUGCACGCCCAGCAGGGUUGCUGGAGCCAGAAUAUGAUGUCACUCAGGCUCCGGUAUUACUAAGAGGCGCGCAAGGGAGCUGAGCAGGGAGAUCACUACUACCUCGCCACCCACCAUUUUAUUUUUAAACCUUUUGGUGGAACUCCAACCGCUCAUCAGCCCCACUGUACCCCAGGGACUGCACACUCAGCACGCCAGCCACUCAGCAGCCCCACUGGACCCCAGGGACUCCAUGCCAGCACAAAGGUAAGGGGGCUAGUUGGAGCAAACUGUAAAAAAAUAAAUAAAAAAAAUUGUAUUUGUAUCUGUUAGGGAGUUUGUAUGUGUUUGUAUGUUUGUCAAAGAGUAUAUGUGUGGUUUUUCAGUGAGAGUGAGUGUGUGCUUGUCAGUGAGUGUGUGAGAGUGUAUGUGUUUGUCAGUGAGAAUAUAUCUGUUCUUGUCAGUGAGUGUAUGUGUUUGUAUGUGUGUCUGUCAGAGAGUUUGUGUGUCUGUGUGUGUCAGUGUGUGUCACUGUGUGUAUCUAAGUGUGUAUAUGUGCCUGUGUGUGUGUGUAUAUGUCAGUGUGUGUAUGUGCCAGUGUGUAUCUGUGGGUGCAAGUGUGUGUGUAUAUGUCACUGUGUGUUUCUGAGUUUGUGUGUAUUUGUGAGUCAAGAUGUAUGUCAGUGUGUAUCUGUGUCAGUGUGUAUCUGUGUGCCACUAUGUGCACAAUGACACAGAUACACACACCGGCACAUACAAACACAGAUACACACACUUUGACACACAGAUACAUAUACACACACACACACACACACAGAUACACACUGUGUGUAUAUCUGUGUGUCACUAUCUGCCAGUGUAUGUAUAUCUGUGUGUCAGAUUCAUACACACUGGCACAUACAAACACAGAUACACACACCUUGAUACACAGACACAUACAAACACAGAUACACACACUUUGACAUACAGAUACAUACAUACACACACACUGUGUGUCAAGGUGUGUGUAUCUGCGUGCCACUAUGUGCCAGUGUGUCUCUGUGUUGUGUGUCAGAUACACACACUGGCAUAUACAAGCAUUGACACACAAAGGCACAAUUUUUUUUCUGGGGGAGAGAGGGUUCCAUGAUGUUGAUACACUAUGUCAAAGUUCCAUGGAAAAAAAAAAUUGGGAACCCCUACUCUAGCCUAUUCAUCAAGUUAACAUAGUCAAGCACACUAAAUUUUAAUUAGAAAAGUCAUCUAAAUAGGGUUCCCGUAAAUCUCAUUGGUUUAAUUAAAUUCACAGUGGGUAAAUAUCCAAAGAACUCUGAUAAGGAAAUUAGAGCAAUUACCUUCUCUUCAGUCCUUCCUGAUAUUUGUAAUUUAGUUUAAAUACAUAGAUAAAUGCUGUCCAUUAGUAUCCAAGGUAUCAAAUGAUGGGGCAAGUGUCCCAAAUUAAUCAAAUAAAGAUAGAGGUUAACCUAAAUACUGGAAAAAGGAAAAAAGAAUAAGCCAAAAUCUUCUCACAUAAGUGAGGAGAGGGCUCCCUGGAUAUAUACCAGUAUCUAAAGUAAUGGUGUGAUCUCUGUGGUGGAGACAAAUGUAACAAAAACUUAUAAGCAAAAUGGCUCUAUACAUAAAUUCCUUAGCCUUGUAAGGCUAUUCCUAUAUUAGGUGAAACAGGUCUACCACACAGUAUACAUGACUGGCUUAAUUAUUGGUAAAAAGUAGAUCCAGUGUAAGGUAGAUACUGUAUGUAUAUUAGUCAGAUUUGAGAAAAGAUCAUCACAGUAUGUGGAUCAAAAUAAUAAUCAAAGUAAUUAUGCCAAUAGUAUCGAUAAUACUAGCAUGUGUUACUUCUGAUGUUGUGAUAGUAAUUGCAGGAUAGUACCAAUAUAUGUACAAAGAUAUACGUCUGUCAAGUGAUGUGCUUAAUACAGAGUCAAAGGGUGUGUUAACUCAGCAUGGAUGGUCUUCGCAUAGACUGGUAAGAAGGGGAUAUAAGGAGGAAAAUUGUAGUAAGCCUCUCUCCCUUUAAAUCUGACUAGAUAGAAAAUUAGGAAAAAAAGAGGAAGAAAUGAUUGCAACAGAAACUUAAAUUAUUUACAAACUAACUGUAUACAUAAACAACCUGAUGUGACAGGUCUACUAAACAGUGCACAUGACUUGCUUUAUUAAAAAUCGGCCAAAAUGGGCCUGGAUAACCUAAAUACUGGAUGUUGGCUAAAAUGUUAAAGGGAAUCUGUCACCACAUACCUGGCACUCUGCUUUCCCACCACAAGCUCAUUACUUCUGUAACACCUACCUCUGGUCCACCCGUGCUCUGACCUGUCUCUUCAUUGAUUUGCCGUGCUUGUGUACAUAUCCCCAAGCAGGGUAAACCUCCUCCAUGAUGCAGUUCCUAUUGCCAGUGCUAGCAGACAGCGGUAGCAGAAUUUACCACGCGCUGUGGUUGCUAUGGGUGGAGAGCAGAAGGACUGCCUGUGGGUGGUCUUUUCUGCUCCUCUUUAUCAAACAAUUAAUUGGCAUAGAGUCUAUGCUGAAGAAUUGAUUGACAGGUAGUAGAAAAAAAAACUAUUUAUAAACGGACACUUUAGGCACCCAGAACCAGAGAAACUGCAAUGUUUAUUUUACAGAGUUAAAGUGACAAUGUUACCGUUUAGCGAUUUUGCUGAAUUUGCAAAAAACCCUGGUGACGGUUGUCGAGAUUGACAGCAUAGUCAAAAUGAGUAUUUUAUAUCUUUAUGAAAUAUUCAAUUUUCAGCGGGGCUGACAGUGUCUCUAUAAAACUGCCUUCAUCUCACCAGAGAUGCUUCCUGCUGUUUCCCAGAGUUUAACUUUGUGAAACGACGCUGGACGUCUUCAUACAAAGCAUCUUGAAUAACCCAAUAGAAAAGCAUUGAUUCACUGCUUUCCUAUGGCUAAGGCCUAAUGCACACACUCCCGUGCUGGUAUCAGGUAAAUGUUUUAAAUAAUUUUCAACCCUUUAACUGAUGCCACAAGAGAUGGGGUUGCAAAGAGACACUAUAGUGUUAGGAAAACAGCUUUGUAUUUCUAACACUAUACUGUGCCUUUAAAUAGGUUAUUCUCCUGUUAUAUACAUUUGCGAGCAAAACAAAGUAAUGUGCCGACAUGUACCGAGUUGUGUGAGAAGGGAGCUUUAGAGAUUUCUUUAGAAAACCUUUAGGCUCUAGGUGUCUUCUAAAACAAAAAGAAACAAAAAAAAAUGUUAUGUCCCAUGAAUUACAUUCUAGGAAAAUAGAAAUAUAUAUAUAUAUAUAUAUAUAUAUAUAUAUAAAAAAAAAGUCAGCAUUUGAGCCAAAAUGAAACUAAUGUAUUUCUGCAAACAAUGUAUUUCACAAUAUAUUUGAUGUAAUUGGUAUUUCCCAAAGACUCCGCGCACAGUAUUGUGUACGCUCAGCUGAUGCAGCAAAGUGAAACCACUAUGAAUUAGGUAAUCUGGGGAAUUAUUUGAAGUGUACACAGUUCAGUAUGACAUCUCCUGUUAACCGUUACUGGGUAUGGCUGAUACCCAAUGCUGAGGGUAUAAAUAUAGUUUAAAAAAAUGUCUGAUGGCUUUACAGUUAAAAGGUCUUGUUUACAGAUUGCAGCAUUGCAUCUAUGGAUGUAUGGGUGGGGGGGGUCAGUCUGUGUGUGUAUGGUCUGUGUUUGUGGGGGGGUCAGUCUCUGUGUGGGGUUCAGUCUGUGUGUGGGGGUCAGUCUGUGUGUUGGUGGGUCAGUUUGUGUGUUGGGGUCAGUUUGUGUGUGUGUGUGUGUGUGUGUGUGCGCAUGGGUCAGUCUGUGUGGGGUGGGUCAGUCUGUGUAUGUGUACAAUUCAAUCUGUGGGUUUGUAUGGUUCAGUCUCUGUAAGUGGUUGAGAUCAAAGAGAGAUACCUCUUAUCUUGUGUCCUCCCCUGUACCCAAUGGAUAGGCAGCCUUCUCAACCACCACAAAUCUGAUUGAGCCACCCCCUCCCUGCAAGGUAAGAUGAGGGGAAAGGGGAAUAUUCUUUUUCUUUUUUCUUUUUUUUUAAAACAAUUAUUAAAGUAAAAAUUGUAAAGCUCUUCCCCAUCCCACUCUCUACACCCCCUCACAGAGAGUGAGCCCCCUACAUACAGAACACUCCCUAUAUAUAAUAAUUACAGCUCCUUAAUAAGCACACAAUGCAUUCCCAAUACACAUACACUCACAAUGCAGCCCCAAGAUGCACACGCACACACUUUACAGGCCAUUUCAGCACACACACACAUUUUUUCACGCACUCACAAAUUGCUAUACUUAUUUUAAUUAAAAUCCACCCAGCCUACCUUUGGGAGAGCUGAAUGGAUCUUUCCCUGAUGUCCAGUGUGUCUCCUCUCAGUCUUCCUGCAGUUUCUCUCUGCUCCCAUGCGUGCUCUCUGUAGUGAUGCUGGAGCCGGAGUGAUGUCAUGUCACUAAACAGCGCGCAAGGGAGCAGAGAGGAACUGCAGGAAGGUUACUGCUCCCUUAUGUGCCGCCUCGAUGCUUCCAGUGGCAGCUUGCUUUAAUGUUUCCUGCCCGGCUCAGCAAAGGGCUGACAAAUUCCAGGAGCCAUGGCGCCUGAAAUUUGUCGAUCCCUGUGUAUGUAUGUGUGUGUAUAUAAUAUGUGUGUGUACGACUGCCCCCCUACUUUUGUAACUGCCCCCCUACUUUUGUGUCCGUCAGUCCCCCUUUCCCCCCCCCGUAUGAAUCCUGGAGACACCACUAAACCCCUCAAAGGUGAACUUCUGAAAUAAAAGGGAAUCAUGACGGAAUAUUAAGGGGUUAAUGAUCAUAACAAUGUUGCUAACAGUCUUAUUUGAUUUUGUUUAGAAAGUGUACAUGGAGUAAUUGGUUAUAGAGUAAACCAGCAUCUCCUGCUAGAGAAGAUUAAAUGUAGCAGAUGUAGCCACGAGCACCCCGUGUGACCCAACUAAGCUGUCGCGCCAUAAAGCUGUUUGACAUAUUACUGCGGCAUGGUGCCAGUGCACUCCUGGCACUAUAACCACUGCAGCCGGCUAUAACUGUUAUUGUAGUUGGAGUGUUCCUUGAAGUUUAUAUACUUAAUGAGCACAUUCACUGUCAUCAUCAUCAUCAUCAUUGUUUUGUAGAAUUGAAUGUAUGGCCUUUUCCUUUCAUUUAAACUGUGGAUGGUUGAAUCAUUGCAGCUUACCAUUUCACAUAGGGCCACCAUAUCAUGUAUAAAACAUUAUGUAAUAGAAAACAGAAAUACUUGAUGGCAUAAUCUUUUCUAGGACAUAAACCUCAUCAUUAAAGUGGAACUGUCACUUUGUUGAAUUUGCAAAGACCCCGUACAGUGACUUAGCCGCUGGGGUUUUGGUGCCCAAUGGGGGGACAAAGAAAGGGGAGUUUAACUUACCUGAACUUGUCCAUUGUUGGCGCCUACAUCAUAUUCUGACUGAUCCUUUUCUGCUCCUGGUGCUUCAGUGCCAGGAGGUGACGUCACGGCUGUACUCUCAUGUAUGGAUGUGUGAGAUUACAGCAUUGUGUUCUAUGGAGUAUCCCGCGGUCUCCAUAGACAGAGCCAAUUUCCUGCGGUCAUCACUGGUGGGGGGUUGACACCUCUUGACAGUGGUAGCUCUGCCCAGUGUCAAGAAAUGUCAGGCGUAAGAAACACUGCUAAGACAAAGUAGUCCCAACUUUCUCAGUAUAUCUUUUGACUGGCUUGGAAUUUCAGUGAAAUACAGUCAAUAUGAGUAUUUGAUAAAUAUUUUAUCUUUAUGAAAUACUCAAUUUGUGGGGGAAGUGUGACAGGGCUUCUUUAACAUGGGGACAUAGCAGUGUUUCAGUAGAAUCAGUGCAGGUAAUAUCAAACACAAAUCAAGGGCAAAUCUGGAAAAACAACAUUUAUGGAGGAACAGUGUGAAUAGAUUCAUGCAAUAGAAGUACCAAAUUAAGGUGGAAAAUGAGGGAUACAAUCCACUUUGAAGAACCUGUACAAUUAUAAAUUUAAUCUAUAACAUUAAUAGGAUAUGUUGCAUUUAAUCCUGAAUACAAGAGCACCAAUUGUGAAAAUCAGUAGACAUAUUUGCAUUAGAUAAUUUAAGUUUACGAUUGCAGCCAGCUCUUGUGUAAACUAACAUGCCACAGAGUAAAAGGAAAGAUUCAAGAUCCUGUAAUUUAACACCUGGUAUGUUCCUGGCAUUGGCAGCAGUUCCUAACAUUGAGCAUGUGAAGAAGGCAUGGACGUCUCAUGCUCCUAGUCCUAGAGAGGAAGUUAACAUGCAUUCUUGUUUGCUUUUCAACACACUAUAGACCAUUAAAUCUCUGGGGUUCGAGAGACCUAGCAAUUACUGAAAUAAAUACAUGCUGUCUAGCAUCUUUUAUAUAUAUAUAUAAAAGAAAAAACCCUAAAGGGUAUGGUGGAUAAAAAAAUUGUGAUUGAAAACCCCUUCCACCUGAAGUCUGUGGAUUUUGCUUUCCAAGCACUACCAAGCCUCAAUAAGCAAACCAGUAACCAACCUCAUGCUGAUGAUUUGCAUUAACAAUGAAACAGAUGUCCAUGAGUGGUUCACUGGCUUUGCAUCUUCUCCCAAGUUGUGUUCCAAACCUGUUGUAUACAGCCAGUGGCGUUACUGGGGGGGGGGGGUAGAGGGGCCACAGCCCCCCCUACAUCAUGCAGUGCCCCCCCAAUUGAAAUUGAAGUUGGGAGCACUGCGUCUCCCUUCACAAGCUGCAGCAACACUGUUACUGGUGGACUUUUCCCACGUGCGGCAAGAGAGGGCGCUGUGCUGGGAGGACUUUCUCCUGGGUCAUAGAAAGCAGCGCAGGGGAGAGACCGGGAGAGGAAGCUCAGCUCUGCACAGAAGCAUCAAGCAUCCAGGCAGCUGCUGGUAAGUGUUUAUGUGUGUGUGGGUUGUGAGGGGGGUCAGUCUGUGUGGGGGGUCAGUUUGUGUGUGUAUGGAUCAGUCUGUGUGUGGGGGUGGGGGCUCAGUCUGUGUCUGUGGGGGUCAUUUUGUGUGUAUGGGUGUGGGGGGGUCAGUGUGUGUGUGAGGGUUGGGUGUUCAGUCUGUGUGUGGGGGUCAGAUUUUGUGUAUGGGUCAUUCUGUGUGGGGUGGAUCAGUCUGUGUGUGAGGGAGUCAGUAUGUGUGAGUAUGUGUAUGGGUCUGUGUGAGUGUGUGGGUAGGUCAGUCUGUGUGUGUGUGUGUGUGUGUGUGUGGGAGUCAGUCUGUGUAAGAGAGCAGUCUGUGUGGGUGUAGGCCAUUCUGUGUGGAGUUGGUCAAUAUGUGUGUGUAUGGGUCAGUCUGUGUGGGUGUGUGGGGGGGUCAGUCUGUGCGGGUGUGUGCAUGGGUCAGUCUGUGUGUGUGGGGGUCAGGGGUUCAGUCUGUGUGGGGGUCAGUUUGUGUGGGAGGGUCAGUCUGUGUGUGUGGGGAUGGGGAUGGUUCAGUCUGUGUGUGGGGGUCAGUUUUUGUUUAUGGGUCAUUCUGUGUGUUUGAGGGGGUCUGUAUGUGUGUGAGGGGGUCAGUAUGUGUGUGGAGGGUCAGUCUGUGUGAGUGUGUGCAUGGGUCAGUCUGUGUGGGGUGGGUGGGUCAGUCUGUGUGUAUGGGGUCAGUUUGUGUGUAUGGGCCAUUGUGUGUGUAUGGGGGUGUCAGUCUGUGUGUGGGGGGGGGGUCAGUCUGUGUGUGUAUGGGUCAGUCUGUGUAAGUAUGGUUCAGUCUGUGUAAGAGAGCAGUCUGUGUGCGUGUAUGGGUCAGUCUGUGUGUGGGGGCGCAGUGUGUGUGUAUGGGUCCGUCUAUGUAUGUGUAUGGGUCCGUCUGUGGGUUUGUAUGGGUCAGUCUGUGGGUUUGUGUGGGUUUGUAUGGGUCAGUCUCUACGUGCUGUAAGUGCUUGAGCUCCAAGAGACAGAACUCUCAUCUUGUGACCUCCCCUGUACCUGAUGGAUAGGCAGCAAGUUUUGUGGGGUGUUCCUGGUAUGCAGUGGUUAGUACCAACCAAAAGUCGUACAACGAAUGACAAACCGUGAACUAGGGUCUUGGGCGCCCAAGUCUCAUUGAUGCAUAUGGGGAGCCAAGGCUAGCUCAUCUGGUCCAAUCACAGAAGAGCUAGUGUAGAUCAAACUGCUGAAAAACAUAAUGCUGGCCAUGAUAGAAAGUACAGUGCAUCACAGUUUGCUAAGUAUAAGGCUGCGUAGCUGCAGACAGGUCAUAAUGACCCUGUCCUAAUGCGCCUUCAAUGGGGACGUGAACUAGACAAUGGAGCAAUGGGAGAAGUUUGCCUGGUCUGAUGAAUCAUGUUUUCUUUCAGAUCAGGUGGAUUGGUGGGUAUGUGUGCAUCAUUUACCUGUGGAAGAAAUGGCAGCAGAACCCACUAUUUAAAGAAGGCAGGCCAGUGGAUGCAGUGUUAUGCUCCGGGCAAUGUUCUGCUGGGAAACCUGCUGGGAGUCCUGGCAUUCAUGUGGAUGGUACUUCAACACAUACCACCUACCUAGAGAAUGUUGGAGGCCAAACACACCCCUUCAUGGCAAUGAUGUUUCCUGAUGGCAGGAUAAUGCACCCUGCCAAACAGCAAGAAUUGUUCAGGAAUGGUUUGAGGAACAUAACAAAAAGUUUAAGGUGUUGCCUUGGCCUUCAAAUUCCCCAGAUCUCAAUCCAAUUUAGCAUCUGUGGGAUGUAUAUGAACAAGCCAUCCAAUCCAUGGAGGCACCACCUCAUAACUUGCAGGCCUCAAAGGAUCUUCUGCUAAUGUCUUGGUGUCAGAUACCACAGGUCAUGUUCAGAGGUUUUGUGGAGUCCGUGCUUCGGUGCAUCAGAUCUGUUUUGGCAGCACGAGGGGUACCUACAAGAUAUUAGGCUAGAGGUUUUAAUCUGAGGGCUGAUCACUGUAUGUCUUUUGUUUGACAUUGUUAUUUGUCUUGUGUACCUAUUGUACAGAGCUGCAGAAUAUGUUGGCGCUAUAUUAAUACUUGUAAUUGCAUAGUAUAUUGCAUACAGUACUGCUGAUUAUGCUGGUGCUUUACAAAUGAACAAUAGUAGCUUUACAGCAACUAAUAUAUCUGCAUCUUAAAAUAGUCCUUGUUUGCAGGGUUACGUUUUGGCUAUAUAAAUAUAUUUCUUUCACAGCACAGUAAUAGGAGAAAGGGAGAUAUUCUGCUGUAAACAGUGACCUCCUUUAUUUAGUAACUUAGCAGAUGCCAGCAGAAGGCUUCAUGUUGGUGGCCUUGUAUUCUUAAAGUAGUCUUUUGCAUAGCUCAUACUCAAAUCAGCGGGUUAGUUCUAAAUUUUGGUACCUAUUGUAUCACGCUCAGCCUAUAUUUCUUUCCUGACAAAGUGAAAUCCAGCCUUGCUAAGCAAAUGUUUUAUACUCAAUCAAGCAUAUGGCUCGCUUAUCAUUAAGGCUUCAGUCUGUUUGCUUUAAAUACCUGUGCCUGGAAUAAGUUAUUCUUAAAAUUGUGUUUUUAAUGAGUUGAAUGUGGACAUGGAACUGAUUCUGUUUCUCUUACUGUUUCUAAUGUGCAAGCUUAAUCCUUCCAGCCACUUUCAACUCAAUGAACUUUCAGUAUGAACUUAGUACUAUUAUUAGAGACCAAAUGUCUCUGCACAGGCAUGUGUCUACUCUAAAGUGUACAUUUUGGUAGAUUUAUGCAUUUAUGCCCAUUGUUAAAGAGAGCACAGAUUUUUCUUAUAAAUUCUGCUGUGUUUUAUUUAUUUUAUAUAUUUAUUAUGGUUCAUGAUUACUCAGGAUUACUUGUUAGUGGGAUGGACAACAUGAUAAUUGUGGGUAUACUGAUGAUAAUAAUGCCAUGUUUUCAUUUUGUAGUGAUUUAGUGGGACUACCAGCAAGUUAUAUUGUUUAUGACUCAAUUUAAAGGAACACUCCAAGCAACAUAACUAUUGAUCUCAAUAAUGGUUAUGGUGCUUGGUGUAUCCUAGUGCUGUCCCAGCAUAAUCUGUCAAGCUGUUUUAGGGCAGUAUGACACUUACCUGGAUCCUGUUGGCUUCCCAUGUUACUUCUGGUCAUAGUUGGUUAUAGUGCAGGAGUGUUCUUUUACAGAUGGCAAAGUAAGUACUGCUAUGUUGUAUCAUAUGUUUAUUAGCAUUUUAGUAUAUAUUGCUAUAAGCUGCAAUGCAAAGUUGCAGUGGCCUUUCGUUAACUAACAUUCAAAUUCUCCCCCCACCCCCCCAACUUUCUAAUGACAUUACUGGAAAAAAAAAAGAUUAUUGACUUACCUCAAACCAACGCUUAGACUGGAUGGAGAAAUGUUAAAGUCCCUCCCUUUCCUGAAAAAUUGGUAUUUCAUAAAGAUAGAAUGUUUAUGAUAUACUCAUUUUGACUGUAUGAGGAUUUCACUGAAAUUCAAACCAGGUCAUGAGAUAUAAAGAGACAAAGUAGGGACUACUUUGUCUCAGUAUAUUUUCUCCGUCUGACCUUCUUAGACACUGGGCAGAGCUACAGUGUCAAUCCCGACAGCCAUCACCAGUGACUGUUGCAGGGAAUUUGCUCUGUUUAUGAAGGAUCCCGCAGUCUCACAGAUCCCCCAUAGACCACGAGGGACAGGUUCAGGUAAGUAAAGCUCACCUUUACCUGUCACUCCCGCGCCCGGCCACCAGACCACCAGUGUCUUUGCGAAUUCUGCAAAUUCCCCAGUCGAUCACAGACAACUUUAAAUAGUACCAAAAACUAACUUUAUUAAAUUACACUAUAGGCACCUAGACCACCUAAUCUCAAUAAAAUGGUCUGGGUGGCAUGUCCCUGUAGUUUUAAUCCUGCAACUGAAAACAUUGCCAUUUUGCAGUCACACUGACAGCCACUAAGGGCACUUCUGCCUCUCAUAUGCCCAAGCCUCCCAAUGUUUCCCUAUGAGGAAAUAGGGUGAGAUCAUCUAUACUGUAAAGUAAGUAAAGCUCCCCUUUCAAACCCUCACAUGACAGGAAGAGGGAAAACCUAAAUAGGUAGCAGGGCAUAUUUGUAUUCGUAAUGCCAUAGUGUUCCUUUAAAGGACCACUAUAGUGCCAGGAAAACAAACUCGUUUUCCUGGUACUAUAGUAUUAAUAGGUCCCCCCCACCCUCAUGGGCCCCCUCCCGCCGGGCUGAAGGGAGAGGGAGGGGUUAAAAUCUUACCUUUCUCCAGUGCUGGGCUCCCUCAGUGCUGGGGACUCUCCUCCUCCUUCGGAUGUCAUUGGCUGAAUGUGCAUGCGCGGCAAGAGCCGCGCGCGCAUUGUCAGUCCAUAGGAAAGCAUUUUUAAUGCUUUCCUAUGGACGCUGGCGUCUUCUCACUGUGAAGCGCCUCUAGCGGCUGUCAAUGAGACAGCCACUACAGGCUGGAUUAACCCAUAUGUAAACAUAGGAGUUUCUCUGAAACUGCAAUGUUUACAGCAGGCAGGGUUAACCCUAGAUGGACCUGGAACCCAGACUACUUCAUUGAGCUGAAGUGGUCUGGGUGCCUAUAGUGGUCCCCUUAAGGACACAUGACAUGUGUGACAUGUCAUGAUUCCCUUUUAUUCCAGAAGUUUGGUCCUUAAGGGGUUAAGCAUAUCAUAAAGUUAUUUAUUUUUAUUAAGGCUUUCAUAAGAAACAGACACAGCAUGAUUUCUUUGAAAAGGAAAUGGUACACCUUAUUAAAAUUCUGAGCACUUCAGCAAGGAAUGAAACCCAAGUCCUUUCUCUAUUAUUAUUAUUUCAAUAUGCCUUAUACAGUGAAAGCAGUUGCUAUUUUAUGAGUUGGAAUGCAAGAACAGCUAAUUUGAUUUGGGCAAUACGGGCACCAUUCCAUCUUCCAUUGUUUACACUCUGUGCAUAAUCUCACCCUGGGCUAAGACUAUCCUGCUCCUGACUUUGCACAAGCUAUAUGCAUGAAAUGUUGUGGCUCAGCGAGAUUCCGUGUCAAGUGAGCAGCUGUUCCUCCCCGUGUACAGUGCAUGCACAACUCAUGUAGCCGUGAAUGACUUCCCCAUGAUCGAGCACACUAUUGGCCGAGAUUUCCAAGAAAUUUCAGGAGAGUCAGCUUGGUCUGCACAAGAGGAAGAAAACAUGUUUUCAUUCUGUUCAGCAUCGUAUAGCACUGCAUUCUUUGGAUUGCAUAACUUAAAAAAAGAAUACAGAGAGUUUGCAUGUUUCUGCGGGGGUACAGCAACAAAAAUAUUAUGAUCUUGUGGAAUGUUUUGCUGGAACAGUUCAUUAUGUACGCUUACUGAACUGGAAGUCAAUAUUUGUAAUAUUAUGUUAUGAAAAUUUUAAAACAUAUUGAAAUAUUAUAGUUACUAUGCAAGCAUAUACUAGUAACUAAAGAAAAAAAAGUUACUUGCGCACUACCCCAAAUCCCUAUGCACAUUUAGUUAACUGGAGUUUAUUUUUUUUUUAUUUUUUUAGUAUCACUCCAGUGGCCAUUCAAGUGUAAGCUCCCUUGCCAAGAUAAGGCAAACCCUCUGAGGUGAGCCAUACAUUAACCCUUAAUAGGUUUAUUAACUGUGAAGGGGGGUAAAAAAAAAAUGCCCCUCUCUGUCUCAUUUGAGAUUUUAUCUUUUGGCUGAAACCAGCAAGGUGAAUUCUUAGUGUAGGACUCACCUAAGAGGUUUUGCCUUAACGUGGCAGGUGGGCUUACACUUGAAUAGGCAUUAAGGAUACUAAAAAAAAACUCCAGUUGUAGGAUUUGCGAUAGUGCGCAGAUAACUUUUUGACGUGUACUAUAGUCAUUGCUGCCAUUCAGGAGUAGUGGGAGUUUGAGCUCAGGAUUUAAUUUUGUAUGUUUGUAUAUACUAGUAAUUGCCAUUAAUUAUUAAUAACACAUAUCUAGUGCUCUAAUAUGCACAUACAGUAGAACCUUGAAACUUGAAUGGUCCCUCACCCGAAAAAUUCGGUAGUCGAACAAAAAAUUUCUCUGUACACGAACGAUCCUCGGUACCCGAACAAACCAUGCCACAAACAUGAUCAAUUAUAAAGCUUUGUCUCACUUUAGACACAUUUUAAAUGCCAGAACAACAGUUGCCUAUCCCCAUCCAAACAAUAAUAUCUCUUCUCCUUUCCACUUACGCCAUUAACUCUCAUCAUUACAGGUAAGGUGAAGUUACAUUUUCCUUUCAUUUACUGUAUAAUUUGUGUUUAUUUUUUUUUUCUAAAUGAUUUUAUGCAUGUAAGGUAUUAUUAAACUGUAAAAUUUGUGUUAAAAUGCUGUAAUAUUGGGGUUCUUAAACGCAUUAAUCAAAUUUACAUUAAUUCUUAUGAGAGAUUUUGAUUCGGUUCUCGAACAAAUCGGAACUUGAACAACCUUCUUGAAAGGAUUAAGUUAGAGUUUCACUGUAUAUGUAAACAUACAUUAAGUCACAUUACAUUUUCUGUUUAUCAUCAGGCUGGCUGUGGCAACUCUUGCAUGCUUAAAAUUUUAUCUUCCUCGUCCAUCUGAACUUGUCCUGUUCCAACUACAAUGAUAGCUUGUAGCCCAGUAUUUACAGCUGCUGCCACUGUGAUAUAUAUUACAUAUCUUGAAUUCGAAUAUGACUUAGGAUCAUCAAUUAUACAAAUAAUUCCAUUAGACAACACAUGUUUCUAUAUGUUGUGUUUUUAUAGGAUGUCUGGGGACAUCAAACCAGGCUAUUUACAAAAGUGUGUAUUGUUGAUUAUUCAAAGUGAAUUAAAAGUGAAUUUAAAAUUAUAGAACAAAAUAGCUAAAUUGGAAAAAAAAAUCCAAUUCAGCAAUAUUUUUUUAGUUUGACUAUUUUGGCCUAAAACUUGAAAUUCAAUUAGAAUUUCUGACAAUUCUUCCUUUAGUGGAUAAACACUGUUAAACAGGCUCUGUCACUUCUGGAUAUAAUCUUUAUUAAAUACUCAUGCUGACUCAAUCCAAAGAAAUCACAAGCCAAGGUAGGGGAUACUUGUUUUAUGGGCAAGUCUGAGGUUGAGAAAAGUUGUCCAUUGUCAACUCUUGUCAAAUGCCAGCGGCUGUCACAAGCAACAGCUGUGGGAAUAAACCCUCCUCUUGCAUGCACGUGUGUACAGCACUGAAACAACUCCUGGCAGUUGAAACACCUGAGAUUAAGACUGUCCCCUAGAAAAAGAUGGCCCUGGCCUGGACACACCGCUUUGGGGCAGUAUACCUACCUUCCACUUCACCCUACGGCUAGCAGACCUUAAGCGGAGUUGUCACUUUUUGGGGUCUUUGCAUAGUCUGCAUACCUGACAGAUUUGCUUUAAAGGUAGACAAAACAAGCCAACCAGAGCCUCAACUUUUUAGAUUAUUUUAAUCUGAAUAAUACUCACAGAAUUGGGUAAAUUUGUUUCUUACUUACUUUUGCAGAAACAAGAAAAUAUUUUUGACUUGUUUUCAGUGGCUGAAAAAGAGAUAUAUUUCUCCAGAGUCAAAUGAAUGUCUAUAAAAGGUAGAAUACAAAACUAAUGGCAAAACAAUGAAUAAUUGAACAAUUAAAAAACCAAACAAACAAGAAAUAACUGAUCAAUUUUAAUUACUGUCUAAAACAUGGUUAUCUAUAAAACACUUGUGGUUUUAUAAUAAUUCCCUCAGUCGAAAGGAAUGCAUUUUGUGUACAGAAAUAUGCACAAUAUGUGUUUUACUCUGUCAACCCACUGACCUCCGUAGAAUUCGGAGAAGAAGCAAAGCUAUCUUUAUCUCGGAGGGAACAGGCAUAACUCUUGACUGUUUAGACUGCAUUUUUGCAUGGUUUUUAAACCAUUCUGUGAUCUUGAUCUUGAUCUUGUUUUGUUUUGUUUUUUAACAAGAGAAGUCAGUUAAAGGGAUAUGAAGUAGUUAGGGUGCCUAGAGGUCCCUUUAAGCUUUUGUGCAGUUAAGAUAACAAUCUAUUAGAAACUCCUAGCAGUGUUUUUACAACUUUGUUACCAGUAUUCAGUUGGAUAUAAACCCUCCUUACACAAACACUUCUUCAUAUGGUAGGGAAAAAAAGGAUAAAUAUAAAAGAAGACAAAAGUUAUAAAAUUAAAAUUGGAAAGAAAUUCAAAAAUAUCCCAUAGUGGAUCAAAUUCUGAAUAUAUUUUAAAAGAUGAUGAUAAUAAAAAGAUGUUGGAAGUUUUGAAGCAAAACUGGGAUGAAAAAAAACAACAAAACAGUAUUGUGGAUCGAAUGGGUGAUCGUCCAAAUUCCCGAGCAAUGAGUUGAAAUGUAGGCAAAUCAUGAACCAAACAAAUCACACAAUGGACUAGCAUGUUCAUUUUGAUUUGUUAUUUAAAAUUUUAUCUGUGGUGCCAAAAAAAAAAAAAAAAAAAAGAGAUUAUUGAUAGGAAAAAAGAUGUUUGAUGGUUGAGAGGCAGCCACCAAAUGUUGAUUGUAUUCCUAGAUCAAUUGAGAAGAGAUAUAGGAUCUGGAUCUGGUGUCUUACAUGUGGAGAUGCCAGGGGACUAUCCCCAGGCAGUGCAGCACAUCCUCAGCUGGGCUCUCUGUAGAGCUGUUAGUCAGCUGGUGUGUGUAAGCGCUAAGCUGACAUGCCCCUUCAGUUGGUGACGUUCCCCCUUUCAGGGUCCAUCAGCAUUUUAUGGGCAUGACCAGUGAAGCAACACCUCCAGGAGACCUCCACAGAUGUUGAGAGGUAGAGCUAUACUAUUGGUCUUUAGUUUUUCAUAGGUUCAUAGAUAACCCCUCUACAGUUUUGGUUGAGUACAUUUAUUGGCAUUUUAAUCACCAUAAUUAAUCUAGCCUUCUAUAGUGGGUAUGAUGCCAGCAAGCCCAUGGCACAGUGCCUCAGUUAUCAUCACCAUAGCCAAUGAAUGCCAUUCCUACUUGGACAAAAUUGAUACUCGUGUCUGCAUUAGUGAUAUGGACAACAUGAUAUGGAUUGUGCUCAGAGUGUACCUGUAAUGUGAGAUGUAACACAAACCAUUCUCCCCCUCAGUGCUGUAUAUAGCUAUGAUUUUCUGAAUAGGUGUCCAGUGCGUUUCUAUGUGAAAAAUAUUUAGGCAUGAUUGGUAUGAAUUCCUAUAAGUUUAUCACGGUUUCAUAUGAAUAUCGGCAUUGGUAAUAGGGUAUCGGCCCGAAAGUCAUCUGAUAAUCUAUAUAGGCAUUGGCUCUGGAAAAUUAGAUUGGUUGAUCCCUACUUAGUAGUUAUCUUGCAAAGUAGGGAUCGACCAAUAUUGAUUUUUUUAGAGCCGAUACAGAUAAUCUGUGAACUUUCAAGCCAAUAGCCGAUAGCUUACCGAUAUUCUGUACAUUUACCGUAUUUUGUUUUUGCAAAUCUUUUUUUUUUUAUUAAGUGGUAAAUGCACAAAAUAUACAUGCCAGUCAGUUUUUUUUGUAUGUUUUCAAGAAUAUUUAUGUGUUUGUGUAGUGGAUGCAAUGUGUUUGUGUAGUGGAUACAUUGUGGGUAGUGGAUGCUGUGUGUGUGUUUGUGUAGUGGAUGCAGUGUGUUUGUGUGUAAAUAUGUGCGGUAGGAACUCCCCCCCCCCAACCUUACCUGUCUCUUAGUGCCCCCCCAUUCCUUUUAAUGUUACCCUUCUCUUUUAGUGGUGUCCCCUACCCCAGUGUUCCCUUCCCUUCCCUGUACCUUAGUGUCCUCCUUUAAUGUUCCUCUCCCCCCCCUAGUGUUCUUUCCUCCCCUCCCCUGUGUUCUUCACCCCCCCUUACCUGGCCCAUAGUGUUCUUCACCCCCCUAUACAUAUAGAUUUAAAUUCUAUAAAUAUAUUUACAUAAUAUUUUUACAUAAUGAAGUCAUUUUAUUAAUUACAAUUUGAGGGACCUGCCUGACAACCCAGGCAGAAAGUCCAGAGAAUUUGGUAGCAAGCCCUACAUUUAACCCUGUAACUUUCUAGGACAUAGUGUUCUUCACCCCCCUUUCCCUGUCCCAUAGUGUUCUUUUCCCCCUCCCCUGUCCCAUAGUGUUCCUUUCCACCCCCCCUCUCCUAUAGUGUUCCUUACCACCCCUUUUCCCCCAUCGUGUUCCUUACCACCCCUACCCCUUGUCCCAUAGUGUUCCUUUCCACACCCUCUCCCCAAUAGUGUUCCUUACCACCCCCACCCCCUGUCCCAUAGUGUUCUACCACCCUUGUCCCAUAGUGAUCCUUACCGUCCUCCCCCGGUCCCUUAAAGUCCCUCUCCCCUCUUUGGUCCUAGGUGUGUAUCUCCCCUCCUUGGUCCCCGCUCCCCGGUGUGUAUCUUCCCUCCUUGGUCCCCGUUCCCCGGUGUGUCUCAUGGUAGCGUGGCUGAGUGGAGCAGUGCGUACCGCAGUACAGGAAUAUCAGUUUCCUGGGAAUAAUAACCGUGCUGGAUUCAGGACAUAUGUAACUAUUAAUUAUUAUUGCCCAAAAUGUUGCAAAUCUACUAUUAAUAACUUUUAUGUCCUAUUCAGCAAAACAAAAAAACAAUGUGAUAAAAAAAAAACCUGAAUAAAUGGCACUGACAAGGUCACUGUCUGUAUUAUAUGUGAAGAUGAUGAAGAAUGCACUUAUAUCAAUAAGCUCUCCCCAAGCAAGGGUCUGCUUGGUAUCAUCGCUCUGCUAGCACCACCACUGGGCAAUAACAAUGAAUAGUUACAUGUAUCCUGAAUCCACCACUGACAUAGAGGGGAUAGGCGUAUUAUAUUAAUGAUCACACAAUACAGCAGUCUCCCAAACCCCCUUCUUACAUCACAUGCGUUCCGAGUCGACAAACACAGUGUUCUUCCGCAUCUGGGUGCCAGGUCUAGCUGUGCGCGGCCCAUUCACUUCUGAGCGAGAACGAGGCUUGGGAGCAGCAGUGACGUUGGUGAGCGGGCGGAAGGGCAGUCAGCUGUGGGCAGGCGGUGUGUGAAUUGAUGGCAGAAGUGCACUACAGUUGGGCUUGGUGUGUUAUGUAAUAUUUUAGGGACAGGAUGCACAUGGCAGUAUGGUGGUAUAAUGAAUUCUGUCUGGUGAUACACACUGCAGGUGGUCUGUCUCAAUAUGCGCUGGCUGGCAGCCUCCACUCAUUCAUUAUCGGCCUAUCUCUAUUGCAAAGUUACCCAACGUACAUUUGGCACCCCUAGAAAUUAAAAAAAUGUUGCAUUUUUCACACACAAACGGUACUUCCACUGAUGAUAAUAUUGUUGUGAUACAUUUUACUCUUUUGAAACACUAAUAUUUGUGUUCGGCAAAGUCUUCCGAGUAUAACAGUACCCCCCAUGUACAGGUUUUAUGGUGUUAUCAAAAGUUACUGAGUCAAAUAUAAGGCUUGAGUUUCCUUUUUUUCACAUUGAAAUUUGCCAGAUUGGUUAUCUUGCUUUUGAUAGCGUAUGGUAGCCCAGGAAUGAGAAUUACCCCCAUGAUGGCAUACCAUUUUCAAAAGUAGACAACCAAAGGUAUUGCAAAUGGGGUAUGUCCAGUCUUUUUUAGUAGCCACUAAGUCACAAACACUGGUACUGUUUUACACAUGAGACAGCGCCGAAUACAAAUAUGUGUAUUUUAUUGCAGUAAAAGCAAACCAUAUUAUGACAUUCACAGUUAAAAUGUCACGUAGAACUAAAAAAAAUAACAACAUUUCUUAUUUUCUCCACUUUUUUUAUAUUUUAUUCAAAUUAAAUUAUGUUUGAUAGCUAAAUAUUUGAUGUUAAAUGAAAGCCAUUUUUCCCCUAAAUAAAAUGAUAUAUAAUAAGUGUGGGAGCACUUAAUAUGAAAGAGGUGAAUUACGCCUGAACAGACAUAUAGUCAGAUUCCAGGUUUUGUUUACGUUUUGUUUUGAUCACAACGUGUACAUUUGGCUCAGUCCUUAAGGGGUUACUCUAUACAUCCAAUUAUAAUGCAGUGCACAGAGUUAGAUAUAAAAGUGUAAACGAUAUAAUCAUACUUUUAAGUUCAACAUGUGAGUCAGCACUGAUGGAACAGGAUACUUUGUGCAAAUUAUGUUGUUGUAUGAGCAGAUGUAGUUUCUAUUUUCUAUUAAUGUUUGAGUAGUGAAAGUAAAAUAGUCUGGGUCUGGGUGUGUUUUUGUUUUGAGAAAAUUAAAUGUGUGUGUUUGAGAUAAGGAUUUUCACUGCAGCCUGUUUCAAAUGGUUUUCCUAAUAUGCACUAGCUCUGAGCAGAAAUCCAUCUGUAGACAUUUGUUUGGCUUGUUUGAUUAAAGUCAUUCGCAUUAAUAGACAAUAUGGUACAUGCCAUAAAAAGAAGCAAAUGAUACAUGUAAACAUGGACAAUAGCAUACAUAGGAAUGUUGUUUCAUUGAUUUUAUUGCCUUCCUUUAGGUGUUAACAUGUUUAUCUGUGGUUUAAAUCUGGGACCCGGCGUUGCAAUAGACUGGAUUUAGCUAGUAGGGGAAGAACUUGUGCAGUCUACAACAUGCCCAACUGGCUUCCAUAGAAUAGAAUUGAGAUAAAGCAAAAUGAAGAACUGUUAAAGAACCUACCAGUAAAACUAGUCAAAAAGGAACUCGGAGGUGCAGUGCACAUGGUCUACUUGAAUUUUGCAAAAGGUCCCGAUUUGGCCUGUGGUGCUGUCCUUGCAAAAAUGAAUCACAGGGACCUGUCCCACAUUCUCAGAUCUAACAAGCAGUUCAAAUAUGCAGGGCAGAUUUCAUGAUGCAGGAGGGGAUGGGACACUAGAAUAAUGCAAUGAGAGCUUCUGCACUCAGUGCUUGGUCUGCCUUGAGGGUGCAGGCUGUGGGUCAGCCUGGCCAUCCAAUUUAUAGGUGAUUUUGCCUACUUUCACAGACAGGUCUGCCUGCAGCUCAGGGAAUUUCCUCGGUUUUGCAAUGGACAUCUCAAAGUCUAAGGUCAUAUAAAACAAUCUUUUUUUUUUUUUUAGCCCUGUCAGCAAAGAUUUACUCCAAUAAUGUUGAUAUGAAAAUUCUUACUGAAAAAGGUGACCAUUAUUAUUGCAAAGCUAUAGUGCCGCCACACUGAAAUAUCAGACAGAUAAUAAUGAUAGUGCCAUUUAUAAUGAUGAGUUUAAUUUCAUUUUUGUAGACAAUGUUGUACCCUGUGCAACUUUGUACCCCGUACAGUCAUCCCAAAUUAUCAUUGUAGCUUAGAGUUGUACAGACUAAGGAUCACGGUUGUGGGGUACCUACAGCAAUGCUUUAUUAAGAAUGUGACAUCACUACUUCUCCAUUAAUCAUUGUUCAAGAUGAAUGAAUAUGGGUUAUUGGGCUUGUAGUUGGUGUUAGGGAGCUCGGAGUUAGAAGGUGUUUAGCUUUAUGGUUUACUAAGAGUUAGUAUUGGGGGCUUAGAUUAAAGUGGGAUUCAAGAUUUGAGUGUAAACAUAAUGUAGAAUAUAACGCCCAUAAUUCUAAACCUGAAUAUCCACCAGUCCUAAACACUAAUUAAUCCUAAUGUAAGGAAACCGAGAUUGCAGGAUACACUGUUGUACCCCACAUUACUAUAGCAGCAGGUGCAACAGUGCACCCCAGAUUGUAAUGACACUAUCAUUAUAAAUAGGGCUAUGAUGGAUCUAUGGCCUUAACACCGCAGCAACAUUAUACCAUUACUAUAAUAAAUUUUACAGUCACAAUGUUUAAUUGAAUAUUUCAGAGCUAUUAUAAAUUGGAUAGUACUAUCAUAUAUUAUAUAUAUAUAUAUAUAUAUAUAGUAUGAUUAUUCUUGUAUGUUUGUGAGUGUAUAUAUAAACAAGCUUGUGUGUGUGUGUGUGUUUGUGUGUGUGUGUGUGUGUGUAUAUAUAUAUAUAUAUACACUCACAAACAUACAAGAAUAAUCAUUCCUCUGACUGCUAUUAAACCUUUUUUAUAUUUAAAUUUUACGAGAACAUGGUUAAAGAAGACUUGGUAAUAUAUGUGGUAGUUUAGUAUGUCAUAGUUCAUUAAAAUCACUGUAAAACCAAUGUCAUGCUAAAAGUCCACUAUAGGACUGACACAUUAAACUUAAACUUCAAUAAAGUCAGUUAUAUUCACCUGAAAUUGCUCUCUUCAUUUGUUUAGUUAUUGGCUGGAGCAGUGCCCAGGCAUGUACUUUAUGUUAAGAGUUAUUGAGUGCCUUGCUUGUUUGUUGUUUCUAUGUAUGUAUAUGUGUGUGUGUGUAUAUACGGUAUAUAAAAGGAUUCCUCUAACUGCUAUUGAACUUUUAUUUAUGAGAACUUGAGGUUAAAAGAAGACGUGGUAAUAUACAGUCACAACAACAAGUCAUACAGAAAAUGAUUGCUUCAAGGUGGUUCUACGAGCUAUUGAAUCCUAAUAUGUACUUUUCACACAUGGCUUCUCCAGUUUCGAUUUAUAGUAAAUCAUGACAGCUUGUAAUAUGCUGUUUGUUCGUGUUCAUCUAAGGUUGUAUUUACCUAAAUUUAAGACCUAUGUUUUACCUAAUUUUAAGACCUAUAUUUAAAACCAUAGAAUUCAAAGAGGGUGUACUCUCUUUUUCCCGUGACUGCAUGUGGUAGGUUAGUAUGUCAUAGUUCAUUAAAAUCACUGUACUCAAAGUCCUUUUAUCUCCAUGCUUUUGGAAGACGUUCUUUUGUUACGUUUACUGUCUUGGUCAAUGAACCCAUCACCUCCACAACUAGCUGCAGGUUUUGUAUUGAAGCCCAUUAAUGCUUCCAAGACACUAAUUUGAAUACAGUUUUGUUCUCUACAUCAAGGGAAGACAUAGAAAAAGGGAGUUUUUGUUCCCCAUCUUUUGUUAAGAAUGGUUAAUUGUUCCAUCACAAAAGAUAGGAUUAAAAUGGUUGAAUACUUUUGUUUCAAUACAGCACCAUUAGGUAUUUACAAAUAUAAAGAAUAUGUUUCCAAUGUAAAAGCAGAACCUUUAAAUGAUAUUCAGAUGAUUUAAAUAAUACACAGAAUAGUAAAGUGUCACAUUAUUCAUAUUUAAUCAUUGCUUGCUGAAUGGCUACUAUAUAUUUUAUAUAGAAGAACACCAUUAAGAUAUACUCUAAGAUCAAAACCAUUCAUGCUACUUGUGGAACAAGUAUCCCCCUCUCUUGUCAGGUCUCACUGCAUUCCAUUACUUACACUAUCAAUGAUUUGCAAGAGUUGCUGCAGCUGUAAUCUUGUACCCCCACUUAAUGAAUGUACUAUACUGAGGGUACACAUAUAGCAUCAUCCCUGUAAAUCGUCGGGUGUAUUCACUUAAUCCCUAAUUAUAAUUAGUUGAAAUCUGAAUAACAAAAAUGUAUGGUUUGUGCAAAUUCUCCAUGCUAGUUAUAGUCACGCAUUGGCUAUUUUAUCCUGAAUUUUGUAAUUUGGAUUUCAAUUUGCUGUAAGUCAUAGUUUACUGAAUAACUCUGUCAGUGUCUGUGUAUGCACUUCAGGGGACUUUAAACGUGCUUAUGCACUUAUAUUUGGGUAAUUAUUAUGUGCUGGAAAACUGUUUUCAAAUCAAAAUUCUUUGAUGAGUUGAAUUGACAGUAUAUAGAUGUUCUGGAGAAUUUUUCCGGAUCCUCUAUUUUGGCCUUAAAUAUACUUUGAAUUCCCAACAAUUCUCACUCUAGUGAAUACCACUGUAAAUUUUCCAUGGGGCCAUUAAUGUGCUGAUAUUUUCUGUACAGUUUAAUUUAUUUUGUUAAUUUCUGACCCUUGGUUUAAUGAAUAACCCUGUUACUGUCUUUUCCUAUUCAGGGUUGGGAUGAUCUUAGUUUGCUGGGUCAUUAGUUUAUGCUGUAUCAGCCUGUAUCAACAGCUGAGUCUGGAAGGUGACAAUACAAUGUAAUCACCAGUGUAAUCACUCAUUAUAGCAGACUAAGAAUAGUUGUGUGCUUCCCAUAUUACUGAUCUCUGCACCUGGAAUGGAAAGGCAUAUGAUAUAUGAAACAAUGUAAAAUGUAUGAUUUGUUUUAUUAGUUAUAUAAAAAUGAUGUUGCAAACAGUUUUACAUAUAAUGGAAUGAACAGUGUAUCUUUUACAUAUCAACAGAUUUUCAUCAGGGAAGCCUACAGUAUUCUUUUUUUAAAGCAUAGUUUUAAAAAAAGUUUUAAAAAUACACUUAAAGGGUUACUCAAGACCCCUAAACAACUUUAGUUUGCUGAAAAGCUUUAUGUGUGAAGAGUGUGUGUUUUUUUUUUUUUUUUUAAAUUUCAAUUAGAUUUCAAUAGAAAUUGACACUUUUAUAAAUGAACGUGGUUACACACCCUGGCUUUAAUGCAGACAACAGGUUCUGUUACUUCCUGGUUUUGUUAGCUCAAUACAGCAGACCCUAAGAGGCAAAAAUUGCCCAGAGCACCUGACUUGCGAAGACUUCUAAUUGAGCUGUAUUGGGAAGUCUGUGAUUGGACAGCCACAGAAAGUCUGGGCGGGGUUAGAAGGGGAGGGGCUUGAAAAGGCAGCAGACCAGAGAUCUGCAGGUUUUGCAAGCUGAUUUUAAAUAUACACCAUAUAAAAACUCGCAUGCACUUGAUUAUGCAUUUUUUUCAAUGGGGAUAUAUCUACUAAACAGUGAUUUUAAUUUAUGUUGUAUUUGGCCAGUGAACUGUUUCUUUAAAUAAGUUCAGAGAAAAAAUGCUUAAUUCGGAUGCAUAGUCAUAUAAAAUGUAAGAACAAGAAAAAAAAAACAGAGCAUAGCAUAAUACUGUUUAUUACAGUGUGUUGUUUUUUUACUGGUCCAUUUCCCUUAUUUCUUUUCAUCUCUGAAUACCUAUACACACGCCCUUUUGUGGUAUAAAUGUUAUUCUCAACUAUUGGGGAGUAACAGUUUUUUUCUUGUGGCAGCUGUAUUGGUAGUUGUUAAAUGGCAUUAAUUGAUGUAAAAAAAACUGCAUAGCAUAUAUGUGUGUGAGCAUAUACAUUGGUUGCCAGUGGUUUAGCUGCAAGCUUGAUUAUUGGAUGGUAGCAAUCUAUUUUUUAUUAAUAUUUUUUGUUAAAAGAAAUCCUUGCAAUGCUAUUAUUAAUUUAUGAAUUAUGGACACCAAUAUUUUAGUAGCCAGUGUUUUCUCCCUGCUUACAUCAGAGGCAUGAGCACUAUUUGUUCACUCCUCUUGUUCCUAGAAAUGCUAACAUCUUCCGAUAAGGAAUCUCAAAACUUCUGUUAUGCCUUUGUUUACAUGCUAGUAUUCAGUGCUUGCUACUCAUGAACACUGUUAGCUCCGAGCUGAAUGCUUCAGUCCAGUCCUUACAACAUCAUUCGAGCAAAGCAUGUACAAGUGUAAGACUAGCUGCCUGCUCAGUACUGUUUCAGGAAAGAACAUUGAAACAGAAAUUGAAAAACAAUGGAUUAGAGUUGCUGUUUUAACUAAUUUUUCUCUGUAUAUCUUCCUGUUAUUUACAAGAGGUACAUGCAUAGUGCUUCCCAUUAUUAUGUAUAAUUCACAUGCUGAGAGAGGAUAUGAAUUAAGAAAGAGACUUCGUAGGAAGUAGCAUGAUUAAUUACUCCAUUUCCGUUUGACACCAUGUGAAUUCUUUAUACUGUUGGAAAGCACUAUUCAUUUAUCUCUCAACACUAGUAUUGUUGCUCCGGGCAAGGAGACAACUCUAGAAUGGAUGUAUGGCCUGUUCUCAACCCAUCCCAUUAAACAAAUUGGAAACCUUACAUUUUAUCGUUAUCAUAGUUAACCUGUUCAUGUUAAUCUGUAAUUUGUAUUACUUAGAUAAUGGCUGCUCCUUAGAUACUGAUUGAUGGGUUUAUCUGAGCAGGCUUGUGAAUGCUCAUUGAAACUAAAACAAAGAAACUGAGACUCCGGCUGAAGCAAGAAUAUUAUAGACUUUCAGAAGUCUUGUCAAAUCAUUUCCUGUUGAGCAAGGGACUAGCCUUUAUCUUCAUACAUUCCAGAGAAACUAAUUUAAUUGUAUUGUCAACUAAAAUACUUUCACCUGAAGUGUAUACUGAUCACCUCACUCAAUUUCAAAACAUAAGAAGAGAGAUUGUAUAGUUGAGUAUUUUCAAGAUCUUUUGCCUUUCCGAUAAAAGCGCAGAAACUUGCUGACAUGGAAAAUUAUUUUUCUAUCACAAUAGCGUUUCGACUUACAUUUUCAAAUGUACUUAUUUUUCACAGUUGAUUGUUCAGUGAAUAAUCUCCAGGCUGGUUCUCACUACAGGAGCAAUGAGUGACUACCGCCAACCAGGUCCACUGUCUGCUUUCAGCUGGAAUCAGACAGCAGUAAAAAUGUUUUAUAUAUUGACAUAUAUUUGAUGUUCACUUUUGUGAAUAUGCAGCUAGAGGUCUUCGUACUGGCUGACUGUUUAUACUUGAAAUUCAUUCCAUGGGUGUAUGUCCUAAAUAGACCCCAAGAACCAGAACCAAUUCAGUUGUGUAGUCUUAUGACAAAUCUCAUGCGUAAGCCACUUUGAAAAAGUUCAUGGUAUCAAAUAUACACUCAAAACAGGUUGACUUUAUUCCAGCAUUAAAAUAAUUUAUUGUGAAAAGACCGCAAUCAAUAUGUCUGGACCACCACCAAGUACUGCAUUUUUAUUUAGUAUUCACAAGCCACAUUGACUGCAUCAGACAUUUAUUUGUGCAGCCCAAAUAUGACGGCCUGGUGCAAUAACCUACAAUGGUGUGAGACCAUGAUAUUGGCGUCAGAAUAUAACAAAAGAGAUGAUAUAGAUGUUUAAUGAUUUAUUAAAUAUUGACACAAAGCCAUUCAUUCAUAUAUUUAGACAUCAACAUAUUUAAGGUAUAAUCCAUGCACGAUAUCCACUACAGCAUGCCCUGAUGCUCCCUCAAUGUAAGUAAUUAAACUGUACUUCCUACCUGUAGACCACCGGACACCACACAGAGCCUUUAUGGAGAGGCAAAAGCUACUGCUAAGAGCUUCCGUUAGAUCUCCUGAGCUAAAAUCCUGCCGUGCAGGGCCAGUUCAUUGGCUGAGAGUGUCAGCAAUACUGAGAUUAGCUCAGAGCAUAGAGCUUCUGGUUCUUCACAGAGGUUGUGGACCCCAGAUAGGAAGUCAGACCAUUAGCAAGCAGGUUGACUGCUUAUAUGCAGAGCACUCCUGGCACCUUACCAAUACACGUCGUUGUAGUGGUUAUGGUGGUUUAAGUGUUCUUUUAAAUAAAAUAAGAAAGGUUAAACAAAAAAAAUUGUAGCUGUCACUUAAUAUUGUCAAAUGGUUAUUGUGUUUAAUUUUUAUUUUCCUAAACCUCAUACACACACACACACCUGCUAAAUGAGCUGUAAUUACAUACUACAGAGAACUCAGGAAGACGGCCAAGCAAUGGUCAAUUUUUGUGACCAAACAUACAUACAAGAAUGUACACACAUGCACACGCACGCACGCACACACACACACACAAAGAGAUUUGUGAUGCCACAAAUAAACACCUGUUUGCUGGCUGUGUUGAUUACAUUAUCUCUGGCAUCACAAAUCUCUUUGUUUACUCCUGCUGCCCAGUAAUUCAGAUUAAAGAUAAAAAAAAUAGGUAGCUUUGUAUUAGAAUACCUAUCCUAACUAGACCCAUCCAGAAAAAAACAGUUUACCUAGCAUAAAUCAAGAAACCUGUUCAUAUUUUGAAAUGAAACAAUAAACAUUGUCAUGUAAUAUUUAUUACAUCAGAAUCUAAAUUGGUCCAAUAUAAAUAAUAGUUAACAUUUAGUUUUUAUUACUGAUUAUGAUGGUGUGGUUUUAGAUUUUCUUUUUGACUUAACAUUAUAAAAUAAUUGCUACACCUUCUAGAUGUGUAACUUUUUCAGUGAUUAAAACUCCAACUCUUUUGAAGAGGUUUCUUUGAAAGUCACAUAUUUUUACUUGAGAAAUGCAGACAUUAAGGUAGGAAGCUUACACAUACCCCAAUAAAUAAACUUACAUUGAGUGGAGGAAAAAGUAGCGCUCUGUCCGUGUGUUCUAGCAGCGCUGUUUCACAAUAUAUAACAACAAUGGUACUUUAGAGUGUUUGAUGCAAAGGUCAUGGACAAACUCCUCUACAGAUUCCACAGAGAACUAUUGCAGACUUUGUGUCAAAAAAUGCACAGAUUAAGAACAUAGACCCUAAUGUACAUGUAAAAUUUAUGAAGACUUUACUAACAUCCAUAAAUUACAUUUCAAAUGUCUGCCAUAUUAGAUGUGAAUUAAAAAAACAAAACACUAUAGGCACCCAGACCACUUCAGCUCAUUGAAGUGGUCUGGGUGCGAUGUCCCUGUCACGCUUAGUCCCGCAAUGUAAAACUUUGCAGUUUUAGAAAAACAUUGCGAAACUAAGACAACUUCUAGUGGCUGUCUACCAGAGGCGCUUCUUGCUUGUUAUGCAACUUUAGGUUGCCUAACUGAGGCUGGAUGUCCUCAUGCUCUGCAUAAAGAUAUCGAGUAUCAGCUAAAUCCCCAUAGGAAAACAUUGCUUUAAUGUGCUUGCGCUGCGUUUGCUGCCAGUGGAAGCGCUGGCUAGAAGGCAUAGGAAUGGAGUGACGUGACCUAAGUACGUUACUAUGCCAGCACGCUGGCAACAAAGGUGUGUCCCAAGCAGGGAAAAUAAAACAAAAAACGUCCAGGUGGAGCAGUGGACCACCCAGGGUUGGGUGUUACAUAAAGAGUAACAGCCCCAAAGCGGUCUUGGGAUAGAGGAAAGUGAGUAAAUCUAUAUUUUACAUUGAAUACACGGUGUAUCUUUAUAAAAUAUGGUGCAUUCAAUGUAUAUGGGAGUGAUUUUUAGGUCAGUUAAUUUUUUUACAACAGGUUUACUUUAUUCAUCAAAGAGACAGUAAGCUGUGUAUCCACUUUACACCUGAAUUUGCCAGUUGCAUGCAGAUUUGAGGAUUCCAGUUCAAUAGCUUUUCACUGUAAACGGAGAUAAACAUAAGUAAAUAAACACAACAUUUCUCUCCUCCCACCCAGGAAUAUCCAAACAACCUAUAGGGAGACAUCUGCUCAACAGUCUUUGUGUCAUGAUCUUAAUGUUUGAUAGGUGGAGGUGGACAGAAAACUUCAAGUGUAGGUCUUUUUAAGCAUGGUGGUGUUUUACAAACCUUUACCAAUAAAAAUAAACAUAAUAUAAAUGCUAGCACAGUCAACCAACAUGCAAUGAAUUUGAUACACAUAUGUUGCCUUUUGAAAUAGGCAUUUAUCAAAAUUAAAGUCAGUAUAGCACCCAGACCACUUAAGCUUAAUGAAGUGGUUUGGGUGCCAUGUCCUCAUCUGUUUUAACACUGCAGCUGAAAACACUGCUGCUAACCUGCCUGACAGCCACUAGAUGCACUUCCACCAAAAUUUAAAUCAUAGAGAACAUCUGAUUGGUGCAGCAUAUUAUUUCCACACAUGUUCACUAGCCUUCCAAUGCUUUACUGUGGGAAGCAUAGGGUUGUCUGAGAUCUCAAUUAUCUCAGCCAAAGAGGCAAAGUGGCAUGCCAGAGACCAGAAUUGUGAGGGAGAAAAGGUGAAAAAAAUACACCUUUUUAACCCUUACAGAGGGGCCCCGGCCACCUAAACGGUGACUUGGGCACUAAUCCACAUUUCUAUCCCUGGCUGUAGUGUUCCUUUAACCCCUUAAGGACACAUGACAUGUGUGACAUGUCAUGAUUCCCUUUUAUUCCAGAAGUUUGGUCCUUAAGAGGUUAAGAAAAAAAUAAAUAAAAUAUGAUGAACAUUUUAAAAUAUAAAUAACAAAACCAUUAAAAAAGAAAAACAAAUAUAUAUCUUUAAAUAAAUCCAUAUUAAUGCAGAUGAAUUACACCCCUGCAAUAUUGCUGAAGGGGGAUGAGAUUGAUUGAACCGUUCCAGUCAAUAUUCUUACCCAUUCAUUUUCCAGUGCAAACAAUGAGAAAUAAAUGCAUUUUACAGCUGCAUGCUUAAUAAAUAAAAGUUUAAAAAUUGUUUGGGUGAAUGCAUGUUUCAAUAGGUAAUGCCCACUGUCUAAAACAUAAAGGUUCCUAUAUGACCCAGGAAAUUUACACUAGACUUGUGCACGAUGUGAAAGUUUGGUUUUGUCAAUUAAUUUUUCCUUAAAUUCAAUUUCUUGGUGGGAUUUCCUAUGCUCAUUCAGGUAAUGGUUAAUUCUUCCAAAUAUCAGCCGUGGAAAAAUAUUUGUGGAAACAUUCAAGAAACCAAAAAGGUAUAUGAAAAUGGGCCAAUUAGUGUACUACAAAAUAUACACUUAAUAUAAAUAUUAUGUAUAUAUUUUGCAAUGCUCUGGUGGGCACUCCACCAAUGAUGGGAAUCUGAAAUACAUUGCAAAGAAAUAUAUUUUUCAUUGUUUUUACAAAUGUAUGAAAAUUAUGUUUCAAAUUAUUUUAUUUCAGACUAAUAUUAUUGGGUCUGCUUUUGCAGAUAAAUUCAACUCUAAAUAGUAAGCUGUAAAUAUAGAGCAAAUAUAACCUAUUCAGUUUGUGCCAGUUUUCACCUGGUUGUAUGUGAAACCAAUGAACAAAACUGCAAUUUCUAGUUCAUCCCAGUGAAAACAAGAGAAGGAAUCAAACAUCCUGUAUUGUGCUCUAAAAACAGUUGUAUUCUAAUGAGCAUAGGUUCAUUGUCUCCAGGAACUUCCACAACCCAGCAGACUUUUUAACACUGCAAGGUAGCUGCUAAAAUCUGCCAUAUAGGGAAUUGGAUUAAAGAAGUGCUUGAUAGAUACAAUCAGCCAAUACAGCUGUGUUAUAUAAUUAGGUUUUGAAAUCAAAUUAAGUUAGCUCAAUCUUUCCUACAAAUGAUGCAAUGUUGCAAAAGUGUUGGCAACAGAAAGUGGGUGCAGAGUCCUGAAUUAAAUUUUCUAUUAGUUUCCAUGGUAAUUACUCCACAAUGAGUUCUCUCCAAACAAAUUGCCAUAUAUUUUAGAUUAUAAUAGAAAAGACUGAGUUUUCCAAGUGGGUCAAUUGUCAACUUUUAGGAACAUCCUAUUCUGGUUAUUGUGGUGAAAGACCCACUUUUAGAACUUUACAGUUUGUGACACUUUAAUACAUUUCAAACAAGUAUUUGGGAAAGAUUGUUUAAUAUGAUCACUAUAACAGCAUUGGUGGACUUUAUACAAGUCAUUUAUUUUGGCCUGUUCUAUGAUUUGCAAAGAUCCUCAACGGUGACAUGACUGGUGUGGUGGGGGUCCAGUAGUCUUGGGGGGUCAAGAAAAUGUAAAUUUAACUUGCCUGAACCUGUCCCUUGCGGGCGCCAAGAAUGCGGAAUCUUCCAUAGGUAAAGUCAAUUCCAUUUGGCAUAAGAAAAUACUGAGUAGUCCCUACUUUGCCUCAGUAUAUCUUUUGACUGGGUUAGAAUUUAAGUGAAAAUAAAGUGGAAUAUUUAAUAACUGGUCUUUAUUAUAAUAAUGGAAACAAUUGUCAAGUAAAAAUACAUGAGUAAGCACAGUGGAUGCUCAUUUAAACAGAGUAAAACGAAUUACAUGUGAGGACAGUAAAGGACUGAGUGGUGUAACUGUACAGGACAGCUGUCCUGUACAUUAAGCAGGGUACUUAUUCACUUAGCUACCUGAACUUGUGACAAUUUCAGUAGAAGCACAGUGAUAGCUCCUGCAAGUAGCAGAGAAGGUCGUGUUGUUUCCCCAUGACCCUUUUCUUCUACAGAGCUAGCAAUACCUUUUAUUGAAGCCAAUUUAAGUACAUUUUAAACAUUGAGACAUUGAUGACAAUUACCGUAUUUGCUUGAUUAUAAGAUGACUCCCCAAAUUUUGGAUCUUGUUGAAAAGAACAAAAGAAAAGGCCUGAAUAUUAGAGUACCCUAUGGUAUCCACCAACACAUACACACACUUUGACACACACUCAGAUACUUACACGUUGACGCAAGAUAAACUGACACACAGAUACACAAACACUCAGAUACAUAAUAAACUUAAAAACUUUUAAAUACUUAAGAAGCUAGCUAUUUUCCUCUCCCUCGCGGUGCUCUCUAUUUAAAAUGAGAGGAAGUAUCCGAUAGUGACAGGAGCCCUGUUGAGCUGUUAUAGGGCCGCAGCGCCUAACCGGGCCCCUGUUUAGGAACUCCCAUUGGGCCAACUAAUGUGCAUGGGCCCCCCAAGUGUGCAGGCCCCAGUGUUGCACCAGCUGCACCGGUGUUAGUUUCGCCACUGUCGGCGGGGCUGAUGUGCUUCUGUCUCCUUUCUUCUGUGUGGCUUGGUUUGAAUUGUUAUAAUACAGGAUGCAGUAUUUUAGCUAACUGUGCUCUGUAAUAUGGUGCUCACGUGCGGGAGUGAUGACUGUUUUCAGUGGUGGAAGCGCACAAAAGUUUCUGCUCCUUUAGGAACAGCAAUAGUCAAACUUCUCAUUUUGAAGGAAAAGAUUUUUAAAUUAAAGGAGGAUGGGGCUUAGGUGUAGAACAAUGUUUAUGAAUGGUUCAGUACACCUCACUAACAGUGGUGGAAGCGCACGAAAAAGACGACCUUCAUUAUAAGACGAGGUCAUUGUUUUCACAAUUUCUUUUUCUGAAAAAAAACCUUCUCUUAUAAUUGGCAAAUACAGUAUGUGCUCUUGUGAAAUAAUCCUUUAACUAUAAAUGAUAAGGGAUGGAGGGUAAAUAAUUCAUAUCUCUUAUAAUUCAGAAUUGACUUUUAUUGGUACCAUAUCAAUUAAUUCUGUAAUACUUGUCAAAGACCUAAGAAUUCUGGAAUAAUCAUGAUUGGUAAAUACUGGGUUGAUUUAAAGACUUAGCAUGGGGUAUGUUUUUCAUGGCUGUUCUAAACAAAACUAUGAUUUAAAGAAAAAUAGAAAAUAAUUGUCAACUGUCAUCCAUUUUCACAAAAGAAAUAUAACAUAGAUUCAAAUAAGAGGGUGACUUUUGAAAAUCUUUAGGUUAUUGAUUAACACACAGUAGAUCAUCAGUUAUCUGACAAUCUGAUUUCCACCACCCUGCAUGAUAAUAAAAUUCCGCAGAAAAUCAGUUUCUGUAGGUGGAUCACCUGCCUAUACAUAUAAAUUUUCUGCCCUGUCAGUGGUUUAUAAAUCAAAGGAGAAUAAUUAUCCAGCUAAACUGAUUGUGUGGUUCGUCUGUUACCACUAUAUAAUCAAUGAUAUGUGGUAAUAACACUUAGUACAAAAAAAGAAGAAAAUUACACAAAAAAGGACACUCAUGAGUGACAUCAUUCAGCACGGUUUUAUUUAAUUUAUUUUUUACCAAAAAUAGCAUUUAAAUAAAAAUUGGUCAAUAUCGUGUGUAUAUAUAUAUAUAUAUAUAUAUAUAUAUAUAUAUAUAUAUAUAUAUAUAUAUAUAUAUAUAUAUAUAUAUAUAGUGCAGUAAAUGGGGAUUGACCAGCCUUGAUCUAAUAAGUUUUCCAAAUAAUUUAAAUCUGUCAGAAACACUUUUCAAAUGAUUUACCUGCAGAAGUCAACAUUAAAGUUUAUGGGAUUUUUUUACGCUAAAUCAUUUUGAAAAAAUGUUUCUGAAGGAUUUGAAUCAUUUUGAAAAGUUAAUCCAAAACUAUUAAAUUGAGGCCCUCAUUCAAAAUAUAAAAAAGAAGGGGUUGGAGCACGGGUGUCUGCGGGAUCCUGGUAAGUGCAAAUCCUUGAAAAAUUGUUUGAUUACUUACCGUUCAAUGGUACCAAGGGACAUCUGGAACCAUAAGCACCACAGUGCGCAGUGUUGGUUAUUAUACAGACAUGCCACACAACUUAUACCCUAUAUUUACUCAGUAACAGGUUACAGAAAUACACUUCAAUCCCUACAUUCAUACACAGACACUUCAAGCAAAUAUAUUCCAAAAUUUUGAUGCUGAAACCACAUCUAAGUAAAACCUUCCAGGCAUGCAUGUCCACAGAAUAGGGCAAGAUGCCCUUAAUAUUUUUUUUUGUUUUAUUUUUUAAUUUUUUAUGUAAGUACCCAAGGCAUUGUUUAUUUCGAUUAUAAAUGGAGCAAGGACAAAGUUUGCUAUACUUUACAGCGCAGCUUAGAAUUAGCCAUGGCACGGCCAAAUGCAGGAGCCAUAGAGGUUCUGCUUCCUGCAUGUAUUGCUGACCAUUCACUUUGGGUGGGCAAGUGUAUUAAAAGCCUUCCCACUGCAAACCAGAACUGAUUUAUCAGAGGCUCGUGAAGGAAGUCAGUUGCCUACAUUGAACCACCCUGGUAUCCAGAGUGUAACUCUAAUUAUGUAUAAAUUGUGACCGUCACUCGUUUUGCAUAUAAACUAUUGGAGGACACACCAUUUCUCUCGCCACAAGAGUAUCAACGUAGAGCUGUUUACACCAAAGCCACAGAUUGCCAUAAGUCUCCAGAUAUUAAAAUUUGAAGAAAAAAAAACAAGCAAAAUAUUGCGAGUAUGUUGUGAAUAAAUAUCACUUUGAUAACAGGACGGUCAUGAUAAAUCUUCAUUUUCCUUCACUGCAGGAGCGUGUCAUGAAUAAUCAAAUUUACCUUAAUUGGCAUUUUAAAUAAAAGGUUUCUCUCAGCUAAGUCACUUAUGUGUGACACAAAUUAUGACAUAUCUGCCAUUAGAGUGUGACACUUUGGAAGUUUAGACAAGGUGAAUUACUCUGAGGCUACACGCCUUUGUUCUUAAUUAAGGAAAAAAACAAUAGUUCCUUGUCAUAUUGAUAUAGUUGAACUCUAGUGAAUAGAAAACCUGUUUUGUGCUGAAAUAUCCAAACUGUGACUAUAUCUGUAUUUAGAUGAGCGUGUUUUGCUUAAAAUUUUGUUAAAUAACAUUUCAAUUUAUUCCAGUUUUGUUUUAAGUGACAAAAACACUAUUGUUUUUUUUUUUACUAAAGUGAGAAUUGUCUGGAAUUAAAAUUUAUUUAUAAAUGAGCUGAACUGGAAAACUUCUCUAAGUCUGCUAUGCUUUCAAUUCAGCUAUUUCGAUCUAAAAUUCACUUUGAAUUCCCAACAAUUCUCACUUCAGUGAAAACACUGCUGCAACUAUUACAAUGCUAAAAUAAAUUUUCUUUUCAAAUUGGGUAGUGUUUAUGUUAUGGAUAUGGUGGAAAUCAUCAUGUGUGAUUAUGCAGUAAACUUAGCAUUGUUGAUAAUUGACCAGGAAACUUCAAAGUUUAGGCUAAGUAACUAAAAAAAAAGAAGUCUCCAUCUAUGAAUCUUUUUUCUAGCUUGGGUACUUUGGCCUAAAAUUGCAAUUCUAUUGUCACUUGUCUCUUGUUACUAAAUUUAUUAUUAAAAGGGUCUGUUUCUCAUGAAAUUGACUGCUAUGGGGUAUGCUGUUAACCUUUGAAACACUUAAGAAAAGUGAGGUGCUUUAUGGGUCUCAAGUGUCCAUUUAAUUAAAAACUCCCACAAAAACACCUGUAAAUUGUCUUUAUUUUGCAUAUUAAUUAGAUUUUCUUUGUAUUAAUUAUGUUUUAUAUUUUUGAGAUUUGAUGUUGAGCAUCUUACCCAAGUUUAAGGAUCUAGGACUAUAGUUUUUAACUUUGGUAGGUUAGUUAUUUUUGCUUUUAUUUACCCUGACUGCUCUGUGCCACCUGCAGGCUCUUUUUACCUUUACAUCAUUGAAUGAUGCUGACUGUCUCCUCUUUAACAGGCGGCGUUUUCAAGUUAGUUUACAAGAAGAUUUAAAGGUUUGUUCAGGACAGCUUAAUUUGCUUGAGGAGAUGUUAUUUUCUCCAUACAGUGCAUUUUGUGGACAGGGCGAGUGUGUCAUUGCCUCAGGCACCCAACUUAGCUGACCUCAUCUGACUUUUUUUUUCAAAUGAAUUAGGCUCAAAGGAAUUAAAUUUGAAGUCUUAAGCCAUUCCCUACUCAACUCCCCCAAAACCUCCGUUAUAAAAAAGGAUAAAAGUAGUGUGUGAAAUGCAUGUUGUGUGACAAUGAACUGAGUGAAUAAAUGAGUAAUAUGAAAUGUGUAGCAUUGUUUGGUUUGCUCACAGGCUCCUGAACAUAAAGAUAUGAAGCAAAGCUUGGGGGGUCAGGUGCUUGCUCUCCCACUGGUGCAGCUAGCACUGACUCUAUGGGUAAUAUAGAAUGGUUUACUCACUAAACACCAAACUGUAGUGAAUUGUAAACAAUUUGCAAAAUGUGUGCACAAAGUGUUGAUUUCAAGUACUCCUUUAUUGAGUCAUAGUCGCAAUUAUGGAACGACCUCCCGCACACUUUAAACUCUUAUCCAAGCCUAAAGUCCUUUUAGAGAUCCCUCUCUACAUACCUCAAGACAGAAUACAUGUGUUAUGGUUGAUUAUAUAUUUCCAGUUACAUUUUAUAUAUGUUGUGUAUAAAUAUUGUUUUAGUAUUUUAUUGUACCAUAAUGUAUCAAUGCAAUGUUUUGUGGACCCAGGACAUUCUUAAAAACGAGAGAAAUCUUAAUGUAUCUUUCCUGGUAAAAUAUUUUAUAAAUAAAUAGUCACAGCUUGGAUAGUUGAGCCUCAAUUUUUGUUGACUGGUUUCCGGUUUAGUAAAUAAAUGCAUGUUCUGAGUAAGAUGUUAAACUAUAAAUGCAGCUCAAUCUGUGGGCUGCCUUGGAAUAUUACUUGAUACUUUUUUUUUUUUUUUUUGGUUUGCAUAUAUGCCACAUUCAUAUUUUGUUUUCAGUGAGGUAAUGUUUUUCUAAAAAGGCUCAAUAAAAAUGCCUAUAUCUGAGAAAUGAACUAUCCUUAUAAAAUCCGUAGUCUUUCUGCAGAUUACUAGUCUGAAUGAGUGGUGUAUUUCUGGCAGAACCUCUCAGAGGAGAUACAGUGAAGACCCAAGGAGUGCAUGGCCAGCAGAGAUGUGAGUCAGUUUGGAGGGGGGAGGGAAACCUCUACAGCCUUUUGGGACGUGAGGGACGUGCCCCAGGCAGAGGUAGCAACAGGAAACCUCCGACCCCCCUCUUGGUUGCCAAGACCACCUUCUGUUACCCAGCCCAGUCUCCUGAGCGCUGCUUUUCUACUGAAUGCAACGUCUUUUUUUUAUUGUGUUAAUAAGAGCCAUUACAUAUGUCUUUAGAGACAGGACCAGUACUGAGCCUUGGGCCACAAAAGUCUUAGACAUUUGCCAGUGUCGGGCUGACUGUGUCCUAUUUGUUCCUUUUAUAGUUGUAAUAGAAAAACCUUGAGCGAACAUAACCUUUCACAUGCCAAAAUCCAGAGAAGUCACAUUGCAUCUGGAAAGGUGUGGGGGAAGGCCUACAAGACCUGUGCCUAGUAACUGACAUGGAGAGUGGGUGACAUUAAAUGACAAUAGCUGUGUGUGUGAAUCAGUGUUAUCACUAACAAAAAAAACUGUACACGGGUUCAGAAAUAGUGAUAGGAGCACCUUUUACAUUAUAAUUCUGUUAACUAAGCAUAGGGAGCAUUUUUAAAAUGUAGAUAUUUUAUAUUGUAUCAGUAGAGUGGAUUAAGUGUAUUCAAAAGAACAAAAGACAGGGAGGGGGUGGACGUUCUACCCUCCCUCCCCCCUUUCCUCCCCCCUAUCCCUAUCCCCAUCCCCAUCCUAUCUUCUUCAGUAAUGGGUGAUUAACAAGAGUGGAAGAUCAACAAAAAAAAUACACACUAAUAGUAGGAAACAAUUAGAUAAAUGUUUAACAUAGGAACACGAGACCAGAUAUUGACGCAAUGAGAUUUCUACUAUAGCACUAUUCACCAUAACGGUGUAUAAUUUUAGUCCUAAAACUAUAAUGUAUAUUCACUAUCAGAGAGCCAUGGCUAUUUUAUAACAGAUUUACAAAUAUAGAUUGAGUAGUUGAGUUGAAAUAAUCUUCAGCCGGCUGUUAAUUCACUGUUUCUGAAUAUUUUUAUUUAAUUUAUUUUUUUACACUGAAAAUACAGAAACAAACAUAGUUUCGGGUAACACCACCCCACACCCAAUUAGAAUAGAUAUUUGAAAGUGAAUGUAAUAUUUAGUUUUAAAACGCUAUCCAUGAAUAUAAACCAGAUAUUUUGAAACGAUUCUGCUCAUCUGUGUGUUUUAAAAACCUAUUUAACAUUAUAGUGAUCAUCACAUACAGUAUUAGAUCCAGGCAGUGUGAGUGACAUUUACCAUCUAUACUUUAUUGGAAUGGUGAAGUAAAUAUUUGGCGUACAUGACACAAAAUUAAACACAUUUUUACAAGAAUUUAAGUCUGGGCAUAUUUAAUAUAUCAUGCUGCCAAUUCAACUCUCACAUUCCCGUUAUUUCGUUUUCUGUAUUAUUGAUUGGUCCUGGGCUUAUUUACUAAACGAAGUCUUAUCGAAAUGACUACUGAUUUGCACAAUGUAGAUUUAAAAACUCAGCCGCCUUGUACAUGUUAAUUCUAUAUUAACUUUUCUGGCUUAAAUUGCUUUAAACUGGUUAUCAACCCAUAACACUCACUGUUUAUUGAAUAACUAUGAUUAUCUUGACAAAUGACAUCCUAUAUGUAUUCUGUUUUCGUUUAUUCUCUAUGCAACGCAUUACACGUGUGCAAUUUAAAAAUAUGUACUAUUUUCACACCAAGAAUUGUACAUUUCUCCUCUAACACCCUUACACCAUAUUCCCGGGAAACAUGGGGUUAAGCUAUGUACGUGCGGGGGCACUAGGACGUGAUACUGUGCAGUACACAGAGAUGAGCGCUUGGUGGCAGCAGUGAGUAACAGGUGGAAUGGGGGCGGUACUGUCGGCAUGUGACGUAAGAGGUAUCAAGUUGCAUUUGGCCGGCCGGGGUUUUUUAGAGCUCGCGGAGAGCGAAGCGAUCAGAGAGGAUUAGAGGAGGUGUACUGAUCACAUCGUGAGCAUUAUUCGAGAGUCUUACUAAACGCGCUAUCACUGUGCUCAGUAUUCCUGAUUGGAUUUGAUACAUUUAUUUCAUUUUGUGAGAGUCCAUCCUUCCUGCACAGUAAAUAAAGGAUCCCUUUGGAGAGGGAGUUCCGGAGUGCACCGUUUGCUCGAGGUCUUAUUGCCCCUAUUUGCUAUCAUGCCGCUCCUGGAGUUGAGGCAGAACCGGAUUCAGAAGACCUGGUUGCCCAUGGGCGAUGCGCCAAGGACGCCGAUCAAUGGUAAGCUGGGAUACAGGGCAGGCGGAUGGCUGGCCUCCCUCGUGGGGCUGAUGAUGCUGAGGAGGCUGGAUUAUCGCUAUGUACCGUGCUCUCUCCCGUCAUUACACACGUGUUACUGCGAUCUGGAAGGUGUGUGGGGAGCACUUGUUGCGGGAUGGCUUGAGAUUUCGAAUGUUUAAAGAGCAGUUCUGCGUGAACGUUCUAAAAGUGAAAAGCCUGCCGCAACAUUCUAUUGCGAGAUGCCAGUUCUCCACCCUCGUAUUAAAUGGACAUAACGCAACGUACACACAGCUGGAUCUUCUGUUUUUUGAUGGGAUCGAAGCUGUACGUGCAUCUGGUAUAUUCUUUUAAGCACAGAUUUUGUUCUGUUGGAGAGUUUUUAGAGAAAGAUCUAUAUUUUGUUUUCAUUUUAUAUCUUGCCCAUCUUACAUAUACACGUUGUGAAACCUGUGCCUUGCAUUGAUCAGAAUAUAUAAAACCAUCUAUGUGCCCGUUGGAUUGCUGGGCAUUUAGCGGGUUAAGCCUUGUCCAGUUAAAUGAAGAUGCCGGUUGAAUCUUAAACAGGGUAGGAUUGCGUUGAUGGUCGUUGCGUGGCAAUGCUGUGUAAUGAGGGGGGUGGAUGCGUGAAUUGUUGGGGGGAGGUGUUGCCUAGGAAUCAGCUGGUGAUUCACACAUUCCUUUCCUUGGAUUGUCUAAUGGCCAGUCAGCAUUCCAUAAUUUCCCAUCAUCUCCAGAUCCCCAUGUCAUGCCUUCAGGCAUGGGAGGGCUUCUGUUGUCAGGGAUACAGGAUUAACAUAUCAAUGAAAUCUACAGAUCUGUGGCUAUGGUUGGACAGCAGUUUUAGGAGUUUGGGUGCAGCAUAAUGUCAUGCUAAUGAUGUGCAGUUAUUUUAAUUGACUUUUUGUUUUGCCUGAAAUCUCUUAGAAUAUAGUGUGUGUGUGUUUUUUUUUUUUUUCUUUUUUAAUAAGGCUCUUUUGCUUCCUGCACUCACGUUUAGUUUGCAUUCUAUACAAGUAGAGCAGGCAGUGCUCAGGAUAAUCCCCCUCCACGUGCAUCUGGUUUGAAUACAUAAUCCAUGAUGUCUGGAUUAGAGAUCCAAAAUAACUUUUUUACCAGACCUUGCGUCCUCUGCAGAGGAUUACAGUGGAUCCACGCAAUUUUCCAAACUCUAAAUUUUGUUUAACUAUAACGAUUAAUUUUUCUAACUUUUAAGGCCACAGUACCAAAAAUGAAAGCAUAGAUGGUUGAGAGUUUUUCCAGUUUGGCUAUUUUGACCUUAAAUAUAAAAUUCACUAUGGGAAUAACACUGAUGUGAUGAUGGCAUUUAUUCUUUCUCUUUUGUAGCACCAACAUAGUUUCGUCACGUUUAUUAAUCAAGCAUUUUUGUAUAUAGUUUGGCAAUGAAUCACCAUUCUGUAAGUCGGUUUCAUAUUGUUACACCAUGCACGCUGAGAAAUUAAAAUUAAUCAUUGUCAUCUGGUUUUAAUUUUAUUGAAUGCAUUUUAGGCAAUCUAUGAUUUGGUCACCAUAAACUAAAACUGCAUCAUGGGUGCCUUGAAUGCGUCCCCACCCCCUUCUUGUUACUGAGCUAUUUUUUUUCCUUAGUGAUUAUUAACAUAGCACCAACAUUUCUCUGGCUACGUUAAAGGACCACGCUAGGCACCCAGACCACUUCAGCUUAAUGAAGUGGUCUGGGUGCCAGGUCCCUCUAGGAUUAACCCCUUUUUUUUUAUAUAUAUAUAGCAGUUUCAGAGAAACUGCUAUGUUUAUAAAUGGGUUAAUCCAGCCUCCAAAUCCUCUAGUGGCUGUCUCAUUGACAGCCGCCAGAGACGCUUGCGUGCUUCUCACUGUGAAAAUCACAGUGAGAACACGCACGCGUCCAUAGGAAAGCAUUGUAAAUGCUUUCCUAUGAGACCGGCUCCUGCCGCGCAUUCAGCCGAAGAGGAGGAGGAGGAGAGCUCCCCGCCCGGCGCUGGAAUAAAGGUAAGUUUAACCCUUUUCCUCGCCAUCCAGCCUGGCGGGAGGGGGACCCUGAGGGUGGGGGCACCCUCAGGGCACUAUAGUGCCAGGAAAACGAGUAUGUUUUCCUGGUACUAUAGUGAUCCUUUAAGUGACAAUAACCAAAUCUAGUGGGAUAGAUUAAAAUCAAACCGACAGAUAUUUUUUUUCAGAGGUACAUUUUCACACGGUCUGAUUUUUAUUCCAGUAAAUCGUUCAGUUGUGUUUGGUCAGUAUUACAAAACACUUACAGAAUAUUGGUCUUCGGUAGAAAAUGGGCAAUGUAGGGCAUCAGAUGGGUCAAUCAAACGGUUUCUCAAAUACAAGGUUAGGCUCUGUUAACCUCCCCAUUUAUUUAUUUUUUUUUAUAAAUGUAUAAUUUUUUUUUUUUUUGUGGCUCUAGAAACCAAUAUCCAGUGAGUCAGGAGAAUGCAGUACUGGAGACACAAUACCAUUUGACUUGUUCUGUUGUAUUGAAAACCAUCAAGUGUUUGAUAUGUCUCAGAAGAUAAUUUGACCACAAUAAACCAGGCAUGACUCCCUUUUGUUUGAUGCACUUGUCAUGUCCCCCCAAAAAGUUAAUAUUUCAGAUUGUCCAUUAUUCCCCAUCUGCCAAAUUACUGCUCCCCCCUUCUUCUCCCCCUUCCUCAAAGGUGUUCCUAUGUGCCCAGAACAUUUUAGAUUAUGAGGAUUACAUUCACAUGAGAUUACCUGCUGCAAACAGGAUGCAAUUAAUAAAGCUAAGCUGUCUGAUGUGCAUUAAUAUAAUAAACUGUCUGAAGUCGGCAUACGCAGCUACUUCAUUAUGGGAACAAUACGAUGAAAGGAACCAGGGCACUAAAGCAUUUCAUAAGUGAGUUUUGGCCACCUAUAAUUGUAGCGUAGUAAAGGCUAAGAUUUGUCCUAUAAUGGCCCUAACCUAUCCUGCCCACCCUGUGGAAACACGUUGAAUAAAACAUAACUUUUUAUUUUAUUUUUUAUUUUAUUUUUUUAUGUUGACAAAGGUUGGUGUGAAAACUAAAUUCGGGUGAUUUUACAUAACGCUCAAUUUAGAAUGUCCAGGAUGACUUUUUUUUUUUUUUUUUUUUAACCCUUUUAAGUCUUUAUCUUUGCAGCAUUUAAUUGUAAACAAAAGAUUUACAUAUGGGCUCCCUUUCUAAGUUGCCCAAUUCUGUUCGUAUUUGCAAGUCCCACAAAUGUUGUAAUAGCUGGGGGUGGCUUAGGGUGUGAUCUUAAUCUUGGCAAACAUUGCAAUUAUCAGACAUCUAAUUUACACACACCAGGGUGCCCAAAUGUUCCUUUCUUUUAAAAUUCCCUUUAAGGUCAGUGCUCUUAUCUGUUACUGAGAUCCUGGGACAUUUUUUCUCAAUUGCUUGGCAAAGAAAAAUUGCAAAUAUUUUGGGCAUCGCAGACUGAUCUCCGAUAAAUGUCUAAUGCUCUAAAUGUUUGAUCAGUAAUACUUUUUUUAUUUUGUAGUGAAUGGCAUUUACAUUAAUGUCCCCGCCACCUUGGCAUUUCACUUGGGAAACAUUUGAUGUCCAUAAAACUUACUUGCUCGAAGUAUUGCUUACUGGUUGUUUCUGUUGAACAGCCAGGGCAAGAUCUAGUGUUAACAAGAUAAACAAGCAGUACAGUAUACUAUUAUACAUUUAUUCCUCACUGGGAUGCACAAGCUAUCUCUUUGCUUAGCUCCAGCUGCCUCUUAGAUGAGGUCUGCAUAGUUGCUGCUGCUGACUCAUGUUGCAUGAUAAAUGAAACCCUGUGAGAACAGAUGGCAGAUAUUGAUGUCUGCUAAUCUCCUUAAUAUCAUCUAUGUAUUUUAUUUUUUGUCUUUUUUCUUUUAAUUGUAGUGGGUGGGCCACAUCUUGCCAACUCUCCGACUGUGAUUGUAAUGGUUGGUUUACCAGCUCGUGGAAAGACCUACAUCUCAAAGAAGCUUACACGUUACCUCAACUGGAGUGGAGUCCCUACAAAAGGUAAACUGGACAUGAGUAGCUGGAAAGUCCAUAUUACAAACCUGCAAAAUAAGAAUUACCAUAAGCUAACAAAUAUGUUCUCCACGUCUUAAAUUGGAACUCAUCUGAAGACGUCAUAUACUUCCUGUUCUAGAAAGCCAGGUGUCUUAACAUAAAGCAUUACAAUGGCUUGAAGCUUUUUACCUGAUCAUGACUAAAUAAAGGCAUAUAUGUAUCUGUUUACUGCUGGAUGUAAUUCUUUGACUAACUUGGUGGGUUUCUCUGUUGCAGUUUUUAAUGUUGGCGAGUACAGACGUGAAGCUGUAAAGGAUUUCAGUUCAUAUGACUUCUUUCGCGCAGACAAUCAAGAAGCCAUGAAAGUCAGAAGGUACAUUCUUUCACUGUUAUCUCUUCCAUUAUAGCAGCACUGCUCCCUUUUCUUGCCACUGGUCAUAUCCAUAGUUUCCAGAAUGUCUCUGAUCCUUCAUAUACUCCAAUGUGUUACUUUUGAGCUGUCAAGCCAUUCUGUGACAUCUUUAUGUAAAUAAAUAACACUUUUUCUUUAUACAGACAAUGUGCCGUUGCUGCCUUAGAAGAUGUUAAAUUAUACCUGACUGAAGAAGGUGGACAGAUAGCUGUAAGUUACUGUUUUGUAUGUUCUGUACUUUUAAUCCUCACCAUUUUUAUUCUUUUUAUUUGAUUAAUUACUCAAAUUUUAAUGAUUUCUGUAUCUUGUUCAGGUCUUUGAUGCCACUAAUACAACCAGAGAGAGAAGAACAAUGAUUACCGACUUUGCCAAAGAAAACAAUUUUAAAGUAAGUUGAUAUUACGGAGUUAAUCUCCCGUUCAUUAUAAUCUAUGCAUAUUGUAAGUGAACAAUUACCAUGUUUGAAGUUACUGUAUGGUUUUAAUACUUGGUUUAUUUUUUUUGGUAGGCAUUCUUCAUAGAAUCUGUGUGUGAUGACCCAAGUGUUGUUGCCAGCAAUGUGAUGGUAAGAUUAUCAAUUCAGUGCUUUAUUUGUUAACUAUUAAAGAACCAAUCAUAAAUUUAAAUCUUAACAUCGAGGCCAGCCACAAUCCUACUUUUUUAUUUUACUUUUCUGCUUAGUCCUGUCAGGAGUUAAAAGCUUACAUGAAUUCACGUUCUGAGCCAGUGACAGAUGUAAUAGUCAGUGUAUUGUUUAGGCUAAAUCAAUGGAUCUUAUUUUUAGUUUUAUGACCUCUUGUUUGUUGUGUUCUACAGGAAGUGAAACUGAGCAGUCCAGACUACAAAGGUUGUCCAUCAAAAGAAGCAAUGGAAGACUUCAUGAAAAGAAUCAACUGCUACAAAAAAAGCUAUGAACCUCUUGAUCCAGACAGCCAUGACAAGUAAGGCCUAAUUUUGUUCAGUACAGACUCAUUUUAGGUUAUAAAUGUUCACAAUUCUACUGUUUAUACACUCACUACUUCUGAGUAGAUGUAUCUGGGUAUGGCUAUCACAUGUUCUAAUGUGAUGCCUUUUACUUUCACAGGAACCUGUCCAUGAUUAUUGUGAUUGAUGUUGGUCGAAGAUUUUUGGUCAAUAAGAUUCAGGAUCAUAUCCAGAGCAAGAUUGUCUAUUAUCUGAUGAACAUCCAUGUUCAGCCGCACUGUAUCUAUCUGUGCCGUGCUGGCGAAAGUGAAUACAACAUCAAAGGGAAGAUUGGUGGAGACUCCAGUCUAUCACCCCGGGGAAAAAAGGUAAAUCCUGGUGAAUCUAUACAAUCAGAAGAAGGGUGUUUGUUACUAUAUAUAUAUUUUUUUUUUAAUUUUUUUUUUUUUUUUUAAAUUGUAACGUGGAUCAUAACAAAUUAAUUUUCUCUUAGUUUGCUGUUGCACUCAAGAAAUACAUUGAGGAACAGAACCUAAAAGAAUUGAAAGUGUGGACGAGUCAACUAAGGAGGUCUAUUCAAACAGCAGAAGGACUGACUGUGCCUUAUGAGCAGUGGAAAGCUCUAAACGAAUUGGAUGCUGUAAGUCUUUCUUUACUACCUAUUUAAUUUUUUUUUUUUUUUUAAAUUGGUUUGUUCCGUAUUUGGGUACAUAUUGUUGCAGAUACACCCCUAUCCCGUUGCUAGGAUUUAGUGAAAAUCAAAUUCAGUGUAUUUAAAAUCGCAUAGGUUAAAUCAACAUUUUGACCUAAGUAGGUCUAGAUCAAGAUAAACCCCUUUUGAAACAUUGCAAAUAAAAAAAAAAAACAACUGAAUUUGAUUUUCACUAAAUCCAGCGGGUGCUCAUCCUUUGUGUUUUUGUAUAUUCUGAGCGCUGUGUAGCACCAUGGUCUGAUUAAGGUAACUUUUUUUUUUUUUUCGUUCAUUCAAAACUAAUAAAUAUUCACACACUUUGUGGAGAACAUUGUCCGUUUUAGGUUCAAUUACCUCUUUAAUAUCCAGCAAGAAUAAUUGUCUAAUGCAUGAUCUCUUUAUUUAUUAUUUUUUCUUCCCUAUAGGGAGUGUGUGAGGAUAAAACCUAUGAAGAUGUUAAAGAGCUUUAUCCUGACGAAUAUGGUCUGCGUGCUCAGGACAAAUAUCAUUACCGCUACCCUUCAGGAGAGGUAAAUAACAUCUGAAUUUUAUUUGGGUGCACAAUUGGAACUUCACAUCAAAAUAAAAUAUAUUCAAAUUAUUAUUUUUUUUUUUUUGUUCACCUUCCGUAACCUUUUAUUUUUAAUAUUUAGUCAUACCAAGAUCUGGUUCAGCGCCUGGAACCGGUUAUCAUGGAGCUGGAGAGACGUGGAAAUGUCCUUGUCGUUUGUCAUCAGGCUGUGAUGAGAUGCCUUUUGUCCUACUUCCUUGACAAAUCUGCAGGUAUGGAAUCUUUCUUUAUUACAACGCUGAUCUAGUUCUGAUAUUGCCAUACAAUGGGACCAUUCAGGGGAUGACCAUUAUUGAAACCUUUUGCUAUACUAAAAUAGAGGGUAAGGGAGUCUUACAGCAGUCUCAACUGAAUAUCUAUGCCUCCACUUGUUACUUUCUGUGGUGAUUGCCAACAUAGAUAUAAAAUUCUAAAAGUGGCAACACUUCUCUAAAACUUGUAGAUUACUUUCUGUGCACAUAGUGUUGCAAUCUUGGGUGGAUAAACCAAUGUACUGGUGUUCUAUACAUGGUUUUUAUUUUUUUGCUUUUGUGUUGUGGUGGUUUUAUUUUUUAAUUUUUUUUAUAAUUAUACAUACUAUGUCUAUACUGAUUAGAUAUGCUGUCAUUGCAGAUGAGAUGCCCUAUUUAAACUGCCCCUUGCAUUCGUUGCUGAAACUGACUCCACUGGCCUAUGGUAAGAUUUUCUCCAUGUUAAUCAGCUGAAUAGUACAAGACGUCAUGUUACCACUUUUAUUUUUCAGUAUGUGUGCGUGUAUAUGCUCAUGAAUUACAUUUUUAUUUAUUAAGGAUGUCGUGUGGAGACUGUCAAUUUCAAUGUGGAAGCUGUGAACACUCACCGAGAGAGAUCAGUGGAGGUAAAUCUACUUUGAUUCUAUGUAUUUUGAAAAAAAACUCAAUUAAGACCCAACAUUCUGAUAUGUAAUUAUGCCUGUAAAUACAUUAGAUAACUUGCACAGAAAAUUCCAAUUAGUACUGUCAGACUAGAUACCAUCCCUGGUUUUGGGUAAACUGUUUUAAAUGCACAUGUUCCACUUGCACUGUGGCAGUAAACCCUUUUUCUGUACUUGGGUGACAUUGAGUGCAUCUCCAGUUUACCCUCAAAUCAAAGGUUGGCAUCAGUUGAUGCACCUGCUGUACAUGCCCCACUUCUCCAAAUGGAAGGAGUUGCUGUCAUGUUUGUAUUGGAUCGUGUAAACAUGUUGGGUGUUUUUUGUUUUGGUGUUUUUAUAUAUUUUUAAGUGUUGGGGUUUUUUUUUUUUUUUUUUUCAGUGGUAAAUGCAUUUUUAAAAGCAAGCUGUGCUAGUUUGCUCACCGUAGGAGAUUGUCACUGGUGAAUUCAAGUCCUACUUGUUUUCACAGUAGUUUAGGCAUAAACACCUAUUUUAUUAUGUGUAUUCUCUUUUCUGCAGGAUUUCAAGAAGGGUCCUAAUACUCUAAUGAGACGCAAUAGUGUUACCCCUUUUGCUAGUCCUGAGCCGAAUAAAAAAGCUCGAGUCAAUAGCUUUGAUGAGUUGGGUGCUUCAGCAUCUGCUUCAGUACUAUAUUGUGCAUCCCAAGAACCACCCACUGUACAAGCUGGACAGGUUGGUGCAUUUCCUCCCUUCAGUGUUUAUUAUUAUUUUUUUUUUUUUUGUUCUAUCAUGGACAUGAACAAUUAUCCUCUGCAUCUUUCCCUUAUUUGCUUACAUUAAGAUGGAGGCUACAGUGCAUCUGCCUCUCUGUCCUCUUACUUUUGUUUUGCCAGCUACAUUGCCAAAGCAUGGAUCAAUGGGAAAGCUUAUAUCCCACUGCCUUUAUUAUUCUGCUAAAUAUUUCUAUGUUCACCCAUUUCUUAAACAAAAUUGAAAACCCAUUAUAACACCAUACCAUUAUAUUUAUUUGUAUUUAUUUAUAAAUAUGGCACAGUGCUGCACAAUAGGUAAACAAAACUGGCACUAAAUUCAAAAAAAAAAAAAAAAUCAUGAUUAACAUUAUAGAACAAUAGGUGAAGAGGGCCUGCCCAAAAUAGCUUACAAUCUCUCUAACAGGAUGAGGGAGAAAUAUACAAAGGGAAUUAUGUGAUUUGUAUGCACCUUAGGGAUGGGUGGUGGGAUGUUGGCAGAGGAGGGAAAUAAGGGAUGAUCAGUUAAGGGGAGAACUGAUAGACUUCUCUAAAGUAAUGUGCUUUCAGUAUUUCUUGAAGUAAUGCAGAGACUGGGAGAGUUGCAUAUUCCCACAGAAGGCAUUGUAUAAGGAGGGAGAAAACUUUCCAUUGCUUCUAUAGUGGGGAAAGUAAAGGCAUAAAUGGGUUUUUCUCAGCCACUCUGCAUAACUGUCUGCUAGGGCAUUCUUUUUAUUUUGUUUUGUAGUCCCGUCCCCCUUCUUUUUUUUCUUUUUUUUUUUCCUUCGUUCAUGAGCUUGUCUAGCAAGAGUUGUUUUGUUUAGAAAGUCUUGAACCACUCUGUUUACCUACUGCUAUUCUCCUCUUACACUGGCUCCUUUUUCUUUUAUUCCCUCCUUCACAGCCUUUGCUAGGAAAGGCUUGUCUGUAAGUAUUAUCUUGCAUUUCUGCUUUAGCCCUGUAUGAUGGAACACCCUGCAAGCUGUUGAACUUCUAUUUGCUGUUUUAACUCGUUACUAAUCUCUCUUAACAUGCGUGGGUGGAUUUUAGUGUUGGUGCCUUUUAACAAUAAUAUAACUAAAAAGUGUGUGUGUGUGUAUGUAAAUGGAAUAUUUUUUUUUUUCUUCCUUAAAGGCGAUCAAUAGGAGAUUACUUAGCAAAGGCUCUUUUAUUUUUUGUUUCCCAAAGGUAAUUCAGUGCAUGUUGGCACGCUUUCCUCCUGUGUGAAUUAAAUCCCAUUUUGCUCACACAGUGCAUUAUUAUCACACUGGUUAAGUGCAGUCUGCAGUAUGUUACAUUUUGCACUCCUUAGACAUGGUGACUGUCAUUGGCAUGCUUAAUUUAGUCUGUGAUUUGUAUUUCCACUUCCAUUAUAAAGUACAUUGUUUCCAGAAACAAAAAGGAGCAUUUUAUGAAGUAAAAAUCUAAGGCUGACUGACUAUAAGUUUGUUCUAUACCUAGAUGCGAUAGUUGGCAUGUACUCAUUGGUAAUUUGGUAAUUACACAAAAAUUUUAUAGACUUGGUGUUCCAAAGCUGUUUGUUUUUUUUUUGUUUUUUUCAAUGGUUCCUCCCCAAGCAAUAGGGUUGUCAUAUAAUUGAUUACCUGAUCACCGGAAUCUGAUUUUACUGUACAUGUCCAUUUUGUGGUGUCUUUAUGUUAACCUGAAAUAGAUAGAGAUAUAUAUAUAUAUAUAUAUGUCCUUAAUAGUUCACCGUUGUAUGGAAAACGUAUACUAAAAAAAAUAUUUUUCCUUUUUCUAGAGCGUAAGUGAUGUUGCUGCAGAAGAAGCCCCUGUAUCAUUCUUUAUCGGAUCAUGAAUGACAUUGAGAAAUGAUAGACAUUACCAACAAUGGGUCAGCUGUUCUUUACAUUCCACACUUCAUUGAGAACUUUCUUAUUUUAUUUUUUAUUUUUUUUCUGAUGGUUCCAAUCCGAGGCUGUUUAUUUUUGAACAAAUUUGGAUCUCAGUGGACAAACUAUUUGCCACUAAUGGAUGUUUUUUCUUGUGAAUUUCAAAAACAACAAAAACCUGAAACAAAGAUUCACUUCCAGAUCAUUUCAACUAUGGUGUUCAAAGCAGAGACUUUGCCUUUUUAUUUAUUGAAAAUGUUUUUUAAAAGUUUUGCUUACUAAUUUUUUUUUAAUUUCGUUUAAUUCUUUUGGGGGGGGGGAGGGGAGGAGUCUAGUGCAUUUUUAAUAGUUGUUUCUGCCAAUUUUGGAUUUUUUUUUUUUUUUGCAAAUGGUAGUUAUUUGGAACAUAAGAAUACACGAUCUGGUUUCUAUUCUUCCAAUGUGAUCUCUAUAGGAUCACUGUACUGCUGUUUGGAUUAUGCAACAAGUUCUAAAUUAUAAAGCUGGUUAAGAUAUAAAACUCUGAGUACCAAAGGUGAGCAAGACUUUUUAAAUUUUUUUAUUUGACUUUAUUUUGUUCUGGUAAAACAAAAGUACUGUCUAUUUCUUCCAUCACUUGGUGCUAGUUUGGUUGUGGCCUCUGUUUCAACUUUACAUGUUUUUAAUACAGACUGGCACAGUCACACCAAAUGCACAUUGUUCAGACACAUCUAUUGUGUUCUGUUUUUCUCUCACCCUUUUCGGUACUAGGGAGUAAUGUCUAAACUAAUUGAGCCUUGAGCAUGCAUUGCUUAUUAGGCCAUGAUGUAACUCUCAGUUCGGCGAGGGAAGACUUAGAGUAGUGUUGGCCCACCUUGGACCUCCAUAUGUUUGAACAUACUGGGCAUCAUAGGAAAUUCUUGAAACGUUUUUGGGCACCAAGAUUGGCUUCAAUGGAAAAGCACUCUUAUUCUCCCAGUAGCUGCUAGUAGAACAGUAUUUGACUGCUUUCUACUCCUGGAACUUGACUAUUUGGGAGCUGUGCCCGCUGCUAGAGCCUUCUUUAGUCUCCUUGCUCACACUCCUACACUGCUGUGCUUUGCAGUGUGUGGCCAUUUUUGUAUACUUCGUUAGGUUUUCUACUUUAAUCUCUGGGGAGCAUAGUAACUUUUUUAAGAAAUACAAUGUAUUUUUUUUUAUAGUUUAACUUUAUCUCAAAGAUGCAUGUUUGCACUUUAAGCUAAUGGUCGGGACAGGGUUAUGAAGUGCAGAUAAUAUGUGGAAGUCUUGGCACAGAUGAGAUGGACUGACUAAGACGUAGUGGUUAGUCCUUCAUAUAGUGUCUGAAUACACAGCAGUGGCAUGGGAUUCAGAUGCUGAUGUAUAUUUAUAGAUUUGUCAGCCUAACUUUGCUGUUUUGGAAUUGUCAUAGAGUUGUAGUGUCAGUUAGGCAUAAUGCCUAUGGCACUCACUGGAUACUAUGACCAUAGCAGACUUUGACAAAUCUCUUCUGUGUAAGUGGAAAGAUGGUUUUGAAUUGUAUUUAUUUAUAUUUUUUUUGUGAUUGUAAUUGGUUACUUUGUAUGUUUUGGGUUAUUUUUUUUCUUUUUUUUUCAAAAGUGCAGUUAACCCCAUGGCUAAAAAAGACUUCUCUCUACGUAUGCAAGCACUGCUAAAUGUCUAUUUUUAUUUUGAUAUCUUACAAAGGAUCAUCUCAUAUUUGUAUACCACCUGUGUGUUCACUAAAUGUCAUGCUCAAAGCAUUUACAUUUAUUUUGGAAUUAAAGACCUUGGUUUUUGUUACUACACUUAAAUUCGCUCCACAGAUGGAUCCUAAAACAAGAAGCCUGGGGUCCUUUUUUGCACAUAAAGAAAAUCAUUCUCAUCACUUUAUGUAUAUUUAAAAAAAAAAAUAAAAAAAAGAAUCUUGUGAUACACCUUACGUAGGAGGUGUUUAAUGUGUACAUCAUUCUUUUAGGAGCUGUUGGAUUUAUUCCUUGCUUGUUUGGUGGUCACAUAAGAAAGGGUGUUUGCGUUUAUUUUAUUUUUUUUGUCUCUCUGUAGCAGUAAAAGAACUGAUAGUUAAGACCACAAGACAAGUUGUUUGUGUGGCAUUUUUUUUCUUUUGUUUUGUUUAAUUUUAUAAUAUAUUUACUUUUUUAAUAGUUACACUUUUUUAAUGUUAGAUGUGAUAUUUAUUUAAUGUAUUCAGCUUAGCUUGAAUUUUUUUUUAAUAUUUUGUAACUUUGUUUAUGUAUUUUCCUGUGUGUCCAUCUGAGAAAUGCCUUAGAUGCAAUUUUAUGCCAGAUAAUAAUACAGUAUAUGCCUUUCAGAAAUUUGUUUGUCUUGCUGUUGCUGGACCAAUAAAGUAAUUUUGUUGAAAUUU